CAUCUUUGACUUCAUAACACCUCUUCGGAAACCAAUGGGUGACAUCAACUAGACUUUACAGGUCAUGGGUACAGUAAACGGUGCAGGUGUUAGGAUGUGUUUAAUAUUUAUUUCUCAUUGAAUGUCACGAAACAGUAACACAAAACUCUUCCACGCAUUUUUCCCUGCCCUUAUUUAACCCAGUUUUUGUUUUUCCUUUUAGAGAUUGAUCAUCUAUAAUGGAAUGGACUGAGCGCCGACAGAUGUGACUCGCCAGCUGCCAGAGCCCGGACUCUCGCCCGUGCCAUGUGACUAAGUGGCAACCAAUCAAGUCAACAGUGGCAAGUGAGUUUUGGCAAAGCAAGACAUGCAUCAAAAGUAUGGCCUGCAUCAUAAUGAGUUUGGUCUCUCACUGCCACACCACAUACAUUCCUCUCAUAUCCAUUCAUCUCCCUUUACAACCAAGUUUUUCAAGAGGAAAUGAAUGAGUUUGGAGGUAAAGUAAAGACCUUUAAGUCAACAUAAUUAUAUUGAAUAAGCUUGAAAUUCCCUCGGCUCUGUGAUGUCAGGCGAUACUAAUGAACUUAACAAUCCAGUGAUGCACACAAUGUUUCACAGGGCUCAAACAUAAGCUAUAUGUAAUGAAUAAACAGAUCUAAUUUUAGAAUUAAAUAUAGAUUCUUAGGAACAAUAUUACAGAUAAUACAGGCUUUAUACCACGAUGGUAGCUCGUAUUAUGAUGAUCUGCUAGAGACAGUCUCAUGUUGAAAAAUAAUUAGCAUGGAUUCUUUGUAAUUGUUACUGACAGAAACCUUCUGAUCCAUAAUUGUGGGCUGAUUUUGCUCACUGAUGCCUGAUAAGACAUGACACCAUGACAUUAUACCAAGACAAUUUCAUCCCUCAACCACAAUUAGGGAAAUGAUAAAGAGCAAUAAUUAAGCUAACUAUGCUUUUCUAGCUCUCACUCAUGUGGCCUGGGCUGUCCUGGAAUAGACGGGACAGUGGAGCAUAAAAUAAUCCCCAAAUUAGAGCAUGCUGGAGAAAAAAUAAGUCAUGGCUGUGGUUUGUUCCUCAUUAUUUUCAGAGAGCACAUGACUGAAGUUGUCAGUGUUUGGCUGGACCUAAUCUACACAGAGACACACAUGGAAACUGUGUAUGUUAGUCUGAGUAUAAAUGGAUCCAGCCUUGCGCUGCUCACUGCCAACCCCAUUUCAGAUCCCAUCAGGUGAUUGUCAUUGACAGGGUGCAGCAACAAUUCACAACAUGACCAACCACACAGAGACAAGCUCUUGAGACAUCCAAACCUGCAGUUUGCUAUUUUGGAGUGACUCUGUUGUUCGGCUGGCAUGUACAUUGGAAAGGCUCCAAUCUGUGGACAAUGCCAAUUGUUACUUGGAACUAUGAGGCGACCUUCAGCACAGCCGCUGCUCUACACUGCUUUUAACAUGCUUGAUAGAAUCACAGCUGUUAUAUAAUAACCCCAGCAAGUAGUAGUGCAAUUCAAAUGUCACUAAAAUAGUACGGCUGUUUCCUAUCACGAGAAAACCAAAGUCUGAAAGAGUCAAAAACCAGAUGAUAAAAUAAGUGAUUAAGUCUUCCAGUUGUCAAUAUGACAAUUUUACAAUAACCACAAUUUAAUGAUGAUUUGAUAAUGUUUUCAUCCAAAGAUUUGUCCGGUCAACAGACAAUGCACAAGCAUACAUCUGGACAAGAAGGAAGAAAUGUGAGUUAGCGUCAACAAACAGUUUCAAGUCUGAUCAGGCUGAGGUGAUAAAGAUAAGUGCACUAGGUAUGCUAAAGCAGACUUCUCAUCAUCAUCAUAAACGUUAUCACAGCAACACAUUUAGUGUCAUCCACAAUGUCAUGAUCAUGAUCAUCUUUCCUGACAUAUUUGACAACAGCAUCAACAAGGCCUUCAUCAACAACAUCAGCAACAUAAUCUUCAUCAACAGCAUCUUUAUCAAGAACAUCAACAUCCUCAUCAAUAUUAUCAUCAGCUACUACAUCAGCAACAUCAGCAUCCUCCUCAUCAACUUCCCUUUUGUUUUCAUCAACUUUACCCUAAUCAUCAUCACCUUUUUCACCCUCUUCAUCUUGUCCUCAUCAUCCUCAUCAUCUUCAUUGUCACCCAUUUUUUUCUCCAACAUCAUCAUCUACACUUUGAUCAUCAUCACUCUCAUCAUCUCCAUCCUGUUCAUCCUUAUCAUCUUUAUCCUCAUCACCCUCAUCAUUUUUGUCCUUAUCACCCUUAUCAUCUUCAUCUUUAUCUUCAGCAACUUCAUUAUCUUCAUCAUCAUCAUCUGCAACUUAAUUCUCAUCACCCUCAUCAACUUUAUCAUCAUCACCUUCAACUCUAUCCUCAUCACCCUCAUCAUCAUCACCUUUAUCACCCUCAUCAUCUUCGUCAUUAUCACCCUCAUCAUCUUGUCCUCAUUACCCUCAUCAUCUUCUUCAUCAUCACCCAUGUCAUCAUCAACAACAACGUCACCCUCAUUCACAACAAAAUCAUCAUUGUGUCUUUCAGCAGUUAUGAGUGUCUUUCACUGGUAUGAGUUAAGUUAUUUCUUUCAUCAGCAUUACCUUAAUGUCAUCAUAACCUCAAAAUUAUCAGCGUUAUUAUCAAUAAAAACAUAAUCCUCAUUUUAAUCAACAAAGACAACAUAUAGAGUGACAUUAUCUUCAUCAGCAGCAAGGUCAUCAUGAACAUCAACCUAAUUAUUAACAAUUAUAUCAAUAUUAAUUACAGUUUUAACUCCAUUGUUAGCAACAAUAUUAUCAUAAGGACACACCAACAUUCAACAAGGGCAUCACCAUCAUCAUUAACUACAACAAUAUCAUCUCCAUCAUCAAUAAUUAUGACAUCAGCAACAUACAGCUUCAAAUUAUCAUCAUCAACAUCAUUAUAGACAGCAUCACUUACAUCACUGUCUUUAACAACUUCAGCAUUAACAGUAGCGUUGCUUCCAUCACAGCAACAUUAGCUUCGAUAUUAUCAAUGGCAUGAGUCACAUCUUGUGGUGAGGUCUUCAUCAUGAAGAAGUUGAGUCUUUAUUUUUCUUCUGAAGGUUGAAUGGAGUUUGGUGAUUCAUCGCUGUUCUCCAAGCCAGCAUCAGUGUUUUGAAUUAAGUGGUGACUGUGUGCCAGUGCAAGGGUUAUAAGAAGCAGAGUGCAGUUAAGUGUUGGUUGAAGACAGAUCGUUCUGCUGUGUUCUGGAUCACCUGCAGAGGUUUGAAUGCAUACGGGGCGGCCUUCCAGUAGGGAGCUGCUGUGAUCAGUGUGUGAUAUUUCGAGAGGCUGUGAUAGUGUCACUGCUACGAGAAUUACUUAUGAGAAAAUGAAUGAUCCCCUGUUGUUAGUACUGGACAAGUGAAUAAGAGGGAAAUGUAGUCCAAGGGGAAUGUAAUACUAAAAACCAUAGGCUAUCGCUUAAUGAUACUACUCCAGAGAGUAAAAGUCAACUUCUAAGUGCUUUUGGUGAAGUUAGGGGUUAGUGAUCAGGGGUCCGUUUCACGUAGCAGGUUUAGUGGAAACUCUGAGUUUGUUAACCCUGAAAUCAGGGAAACCCUGAGUUUUCCGUUUCACAAAGGAGGGUUAGUUAAACCAGGGAGAGAGGGGUAACUCUAACCUGUUUCACAAAGAGAGGUAACUCAACCUCGCGGUCAGUUACCACAGUAACAGACUCCGUGAACCUAACCUGCUCGGGAGCAGGUUUAACUCAGUAAACCCAGAGUUUCAGGUGAGACAUCGGCAUUUUCUCAUUUUGAUCAUGUUUUACAUUGUCAAGUAAGUAUUAAGUGGCAGUUUGAUCUCUUAAAAAAUGCUCUUUUCACACUCAAAACUGAAUUUUACUCUCUUAUGAUGUUCCGUUAAAUGAUUAGGAAUAUUAAACUAACACAAAAACGGGUGGUGGUCCAGCAGCCCCACCUUUAACGGAGGCAGAGGAGCUGCCCCCCACCCCCACCCCGUUCGACGAUCGCGGCCGGUCCGAUCGCAAAUCCCCCCCCCCACACACACACACACGCGCGCACACCAGUCCGACGAUCGCUGCUACGGGGUGGGGGUUGCGAUCGUCGAAGGGGGGGGGGGGGGGGGCAGCUCCUCUGCCUCCGUUAAAGGUGGGGCUGCUGGGCCACCACCCGUUUUUCUGGCAUCUGCCCUCUUUCUGUUUGCUGAGUGAAAGUCUAAUAUUGAGUGUAGUGUGUGUUAGUUUAAUAUAUGUACAUAUACAUACUGAGAGUUACUUUAAUAUUCCUAAUCAUUUAACGGAACAUCAUAAGAGAGUAAAAUUCAUUUUUGAGUGUGAAAAGAGCAUUUUCUAAGGGAUCAAACUGCCUCUUAAUACUUACUUGACAAUGUAAAACAUGAUCAAAAUGAUUCAAGCAGUUUCCCUGCAACAGUCUGUCAUUGUGAUUGCAUGAGACUAGAUUUAAAGUUACGCAUUGACGCGAGCAGCGAUUUCCUCCCAAGCCCUCUCCCUCUCCUUUGCAGCUGCUGCUGUAUUGCAAGGUGCUGUAAUUCGCUGUUGGCUUGCUGCUGCCCCCUCCUUCUCCCUGUUUCCAUUGGUUGAUCAUUGAAUCUGCGCUCCACAGAUGCUGGCUGUUUAUGUCUGGCGUGCACGUGCUUAACUCCGGAGCUGCGUCCGAAUUGCCAAGUAGUAGUCGAAGUAGUAGUCGAAGUAGUAUCUAGCAUGUCCGAAUUGGCCACCGGAGCGAGUAGCAUGCUACUUCAGAUACUACUUCAGAUGCUAGACACGCCCACAUUGUAGGUUGGUCUCGGUGCAUCCUACGGGCAUGCUACUGACCCAAAAUGCACCGCGGGCUUCUUCUUCGUCCUCUUAAAAGUUGUAGAAGCGCAUGUGAUGCUAGCGCCACCAGCUGCUCUGCCUAUUUAAAUGUGUCGCGAACGCCGGCUGGCCACAGCAGCGCGCACCAUGUCGGAGCAGCAGCAGCAGUACAGAUGUAAGUUUCAUGUAACUUCACACACUGUCCUAAAAAAUGUGCGGUUGUAUCUCUUUGUCAUGUCAUGGUGUCAUAUUUGCCCAAGUAAUCAUUUUAUGAGCAAGUGGCGACAUCAUGGAGGUAAAGCUCACUUAUUCCAUCAUUAAACUGCACAGCUGCAGUACUACAGCCAGGCCCGCAGAUGAGGGGCUUCAGUUACCGCUGUCUGCACGGGCGCAGUACCUACUCUCUGCCUGCGGGGGUCGUCUUUCCCCACCGCUCGUCUAGUGUGUCCGAAUUGGGCCAACGUUUUUAGUAUGUAGGAGUAGGAUCUAGCAGUAGCACGUAGCAGUAGCAUGUAGUAUCCGAGCGGGCAGUUCGGACGCAGCACAGGUCAAACUACUCGGAGUUGUUAAAACCGUCUCAAAUCAGGUGUUGUGAAACCGGAAACUCAGAGUUUCCUAACUCAGAGUAGAUCAACUCAGAGUUAAGGAUUUAACUCAGAGUUUGUUGAACCACCUACGUGAAACGGACCCCAGGACUUGAGGUCGACACUUUCUUCUCACGUGCAGCCUUUGUUGGAAAAAGGGAGAAUGGAGAUAUAUUCAUGCUUUUCUUGCGUGAAUAUAUCUACAUAUGCAAGAGGAACUGAAGGAAAUCAGUUUUUAGAUUACUGCAGAUAGAUUGCUGUAUUGCAAAGAGGAUGAUUUUCGGUUUUCCUGCGUAAGGCUGUUGUAGAUUGAAACACAUUUAUAUGCAGAAUCUGUUCAUGGAGAUGAGAGAAGAUACAGAGAAGUCCUAGGAGGAGAUGAAAAGGAGAAACAACCUGAACCAAAUUGGUUGCCUGAACACGUCAAUGCAAUGUCAAGAAAGUCAAUUCAUUCAGUUCAGUCUUAAUGUUUUCUGAGUUAUUCCAAUCGAUCUUAUAUUACUGGCAGUUAAUAGGAUAGGAUAGGGUAAGGGCAAAUUUUGUGAUCAAAGAUUAAUAUGUUCGUGUAACAACCACUAAACUCUGAAAGCUUUAUUUUUUUGACGCUCCAGUUAUUUUAAUGAUCUUUUUGUGUCUCUAAAAUAACAGUUCAGCAGCAACCGGAGACAAAGCCAACUUUUUCUUUACAAGCCUGUAAAAUGUGAAGUUCGCUGUGACCUUUGUGAUCAUCGUUUUCAGACUAUUUUCUGCAACUAAUUGACGAUCCGAAAUCAUUAUUUUCUUCCUAAUUUGGCCAUGACUCACUGCAACAACUUGUGGUUCAUUUUUACUGCAAUGCACAGAAAUGAAAGGAUUUAAAAAUGUUAAAAAUCUUAACAAGUAUUCAUGUUUUAAAUUUUCACUUUUUAUGAAACGAUUACAAUUUUUCAUUUGCAGGUCCUUUCUGCAGCUGUAUUUACUUUGGCCUUCUGAACUUUUCACUCGUUUGCACUGUUUGUGAAUUUGCAGCCCUGUCCUUCCGAUCCUCCCUUUGUUGAAGUUGAGGUGUGUAUGCCAUUUCUCCUCUUCAGUACUGUAGAGGUUUAAAAUACCAUAAAAGACAGAAACCAUUGUGACCAUUGUUUUAUAGAUUUGAAAGGCUGCCGAGUGUGUUUAAAUUAGAAAAAGAAAUCAAUUAAAAAAUCAAUAAAAAAACAGGGAAAUAGAUGGAGAUGAUGUUGAUCUAUACAUGCAUGGUUUUAUGAAUGCAAAACAGUGCAGGCCUACGCAUGUCUGUAGUAGUUCUUUUUUCUUUUUAGGCAGUAGCACAUAUUCUUAAAAUUUUGUUUCUUUAUUUGCAUUAAAUUGCUCUGCAUGGACAUCCUUACUCUAAUACCUGGAGCGCUGUCACCCUCCAUGAGACCGAUAACAUUCGAAGAAAAGCUAAUCUGUUGCAUUAGCUUUGCCCACCUUGUCUGCAGUAUAUCCUGAUAUGUUUUAACAGCAUAAACAGGCAUAAACUCUCUCGUAUAGCUCUGCAUUAACUUUCUGUGCAGCUGUGGUGACACUGUUCCACUGUGAUCAUUUACCAGCAGUCAGGAUAUAGCGUGUGUCCAAGCCAAUGCUAAUAGUAAUAAGGGGGUUAAUAUACACCAGCUGGAUUCCUGGUAGAUGUUGUGACGUGUUCACUAUCAAAUCCUCAGAGCCGUCAGUGAAAAGCGCAAGCAUGUAAUUAUACUGUCACCCAUCCAGCUGGGACCUCGUGUGCUAUCCAGUUCAGUGUGCAGGAUUAGUGACAGUGCCAGUCUGUACAGGCAGGACUCCAACAUACACUGCGUUGCCAUGCUGCUUGGCAGAAAUCCUCAUUUAGCAAAGAUAAUGUAAACACUGGUUUUUGGGACUCACAGCAGGAUUUCCGUAAAAACAUUUUAGCACUAAUAAACAACAUUUCUGAUUUUUCUCGCUUAAUUUGUGCAUGCAUGGACAAGUCUUUAGAUUCGAACUCCCAUUAAAAAAGUCAGAGGAGCUGGACAAUGUAAAACAUGAGGAUGGUAAUGAGGACAGGAGCUGAAAAUGGUCAGACAUAUCAAUAGCAGGAACAAACUGGAAAGAAAAAGGGCUAAAAAAGGAAGUUCAGUUCAUUGAAACAUCCCUAACAUCAGCCUGAGUGUUCAGUGAAGAAAGAUUCAUGUAUCAAAGUGUACAAGCUGAGGGAUGACUUGGAAAAAAAUAUGAUUUAUUCAGGUGCAGGAUGUGAGUCCGCAGGCCUAAAUUAUGGGUUUUCAACAUCUGUGCUUUCAAACCCCGAACAUCCUCAUCAGCAGCAGCAGCACCACAGCGCCCUCCUUUGGUCACAGAAAGAAAAAGCUGGACCUGACACAAACAACGAAGGGUAAACCUUUUGUGUCCCGAACCCAACAGAUUCGCUGUCAACAAUUUCCAUCUUGGAUGGUUUUCCUCCAGUGAACUUGGUAACACACAGAGAUGAUGGGGUUAUUUGGAUGUGUGAUUGCCUCCCUGCUGAGUCGCAGCAUUCAGUGACAUUUCAGGAUUUUCUUAAAUUUAGUGGAUGACACAUCACCCUUAUUUUAUUUGCCCUGUGUCCUGUGAUUAUCUGCAUGCAUUCAUCUGUCUCCUACAGGGAAGCUCUUUUGCUUUCAUGAAGUGUAUUGAGUUUCAUGAAGACAUCCAUCCAGUGAGUUUGACAACAUAGAGGAUUGGGGUGUCUCUCUCCACCACUCAUCAGAAUGCCCUUGCUGUGAAGGUGUAGAGCUAACACGGAAUUACUGUGACAUGCACUCUCAUUUAUCCUGAAGUUGCACACUGGGUUGUGAUCCCAGUGUGACUGUGCAGACGCAGCAAAACUUUCAAACAAGUCUGUCAUUACAGCUGUUCUCCACCGGCCCACUGCUGCAGUUUGUUAUUGAUCAGAGGAAUGACCCACUCUGCUGUGUCCACAUGAGACUUGUUUAUAAGACAGAUUUGUGCUGUAGUCGCUGUCUUUGGGGUUCAUUAGUCCCUUAUAACACUUUGACAUUAUUUGGACACUGUUACUUGUUGUCAAGCUUAUGGGCUUCUUCAAAAUUGGUUGCCUGAUUGAUCAUGUAGGGAGAGAAAAGGUACAAUUUAAUUAAUCAUACUUGCUGCACCUCUAAAAUUAGCUGGACUCCUUGGAAACAGAAAUGUUGGAGUUUUGUGCAUGUGUGAAUGCAAACCGUUGACAUUUUUCCAGGGCAAAGUUAUUUGUUGUUUAUCCACCAUCAUGUGAACAUUACAGUGAGGAUUAGGCAGCUUGUUUUUAAUGUCAUGUCCUGCCUCCAAAGUCUCAUCUUCCCACCAUGAUCUGACAGGUGAGGCUACACACUGUGAGGAUCAUGUGGACAAGAUGCUGGCUGUAUGGCUACGUUUGACAAUUACUUUAGACUUGGCUCAAACACACUGUUUCUCUCACCGCUGAGUUUUGAUCAGAGUUAUGACAGGUUUGUGGGUUGCAGCGGUAGAUGUAGUGGAUGUUUACCUCCAAAACAGUCAAUUAUUAGACAUCACUGAGACAUUUUUUUUAAAAACUUAUGAUCACAACAAUAGUUGAGAUUCCCACAAUAGGAUUGUGUGAUGUGACAAGAUGAGCCACAAAAUUGGCUUGAAUUUGAGACUGUUCUGCCAACGACAGUAAAUUGUUCUCAUUACUGUCCUAACUGUUUUCUCUCUUUGACUUUCCCAUUGGACAGAGGCAUAGCUGAACCCUCCCUCAGCUUUGUUUAUGUCUGGUUGGAUGCAUUUUUUUCUACCACCAGUCUUAUUGCAAAACAUAUUGGUUUCUUUGGAAUCUGUUGACAAUGCUGGACGUUAUUGACGGUUAAAGAUUACCACACACUCAGUACUUAUGCAUGUGGUUCCUGUUUUAAGAGCCUGAAGCACCGAUAGAGGCUGCAUUGUUUUUUUUCCCUGAGAAAAGUUUGGUGAUCUAUUCCACCACCGGGGGGACAAUGGAGAGGAAGAGUCUGGCUAGGGACUUAAGACCCUGUUUUGAUUGGAGCGCCUUUCAUUGGAGGGAGAGAGAGUAGAACUGCAUGGACUGCGGAUUUUGUUGUAGUUUUGUAGGCAAAAAGUCGUGUUAUAUAUUUGAUGUGGGUUGCUACUGGAAGUCAGUGAAGAGAGAUGAACUGCUGAGUAAUGUGCUGUUUUUGAUUGGUUAAAGACCACAUGGUUUUUCAUUUGCCGAGAUUUACCAGUAAGGAGUUGCAGUCCUCAGUACAUGAUAUAAGUAGAGCCUGUACCAGGCUGAUUCACUCAGUUUUCACAAUCCAUUGUCUUAAUGGCUCCUUCCCACUGAGCAAUAGACGGCUAUUAGAUGUCUAGUUUUUUUAGACCUAAUUUCAACCGUCUAGAUUCUGUAUAUUUUUAGACGGAAUAUAGACGUUGUACAUUAACCCAUUAUUCAAUAAUUGUGUAUUUCAAAAAGCAACUGUGAGUUGCAUAACUGAUAUAAUUAUGAUAGUGGUUGGGCAAUAUACAAUGUAGUAUAGAUAUAGCCAGCUAGUCUAAACUUGGUCUAAAUUUAGAAGUCUAAAAGAACUUUCAUUUUUAGACCUGCGGUAACCUGAUUUUAGACGAGUCAUCUAGGCUACAUUUAGACAUCUAUUAGACCUCUUUUAGACCAAAAAAUGCUCAAUGGGUUAUUGAUCGACAAAAUAUGUCUACAUUUUAGUUACACUCAUAGUGCCACCUAUUGGCAAGGAGGUCAUGAGUGACAAUCAUACAAUUACAUGAUUUACUUCAUGCACAGCACAUCAUAAUUGAUUACUGCCGUUGGCUGGUGUCACCCUCUGGCCAAAUUAUGUUACACCUGACCCCUUCACGCUCAAGGACACGAGGUCCAGCCACAGUUUGGCUUUUAUAUUAAAUUUCUGGUUAAUAUUUUAAACAUCGAUAGUAAAGUCACUUCUGGAUAUCCUUUGAGUUUUAUAAGACUGAUUGCAAAAAAGAAAACAUAAAUUUUAUUGACUCAAUGCUUACAUAUGCAGUUAGCAACAUUUUAAGCUUUCAAAGCCUCAGUGGGCAGAAAACUACCAUGACUAGCUUUGGUAUUGAUUGCAGACCAAAGGACAAUGAAUCAGAGUACUGUUGAUAUGAAAUGAAUUUCUCCAUUAUCUCUGGAGGUCGGUUAAAGUCACGGGUUCGAUAUGCUGCCUUAUCUUACAGAGCCCAUAUGCCUGCUUAAAACACAACAGACAGCAGCUCCGGGGAAUGAAGUUUGCAAUCAUAAAUGCAGCAGGAUAUCUGUGUAACCCAUGUUCAGGAUGCCAGGGAUGAAAGUUCUUUGACUACAUGUGUUCCUUUUACUCAAUCUCUGAGCCACACCUUUGGGAGACUCCGGUGGGUGAGCUGUCAAGACAACAUGAGCGGCUCUGAGGAGGACAAGCUGACCCCAAUCCGGCUGGGAGGAAAAAGCUUCCUGUGGAUUGUUCUGGGACAAAGGGAGACUAUUCCUUGUACCGUCAGUGUUGUUUUGUCAGCUACAGGAAAUGGAAAUGAUUAAAAAUGGAGCAAAAAUGAAAAGUGAUUGGAAGCAAUUGGAAUCCCAAGUGAUAUCCAGCAUUGAGCGUUAUCAGGGGAAAUUUCUCAUUAUAUUUCACCCAUGCAUGUAAAACACUCACAUGCUCAGUACGUGAGUAGGGAAAUGCAUUUUUCAAGGUUAUGCCAAAGGUGCAAUGUGAGUGGAAACAUAAAAGUUCACACAUAGAAGACAAAACUCAAAGUACAUAUGGAAGUCUUUACAGCAUUCAAACUCCAUAUGCUCCUGGAAACUAAAAGUAUAGUCACCCCAAAUCUUCACACAAAAACAUACAUGAGUGGUAAAUCUAUCUCAACCUUCUCUUUUUACGACUUUAAGGGGAUGCAUCACACAGAUAUCCCCUCUUUUUUUAUUUAAAAGUCACAUUUAUAUCUCAUAUAUUUCUCAAAAACAAGAAUGCAGUGUGCCUUUGCUUGCUUGUUUAUCUGAUUGUGAAAGGUGUGGAAAAAAUAAAUAAGCAGGAAAUGCCCACUAGCUGAGAUGGAUGAUAAAAUUCAAUGAAAAGCCAGGAUUCAAGACGAAAUCCAACACCCCCUGUCAAACCCAAACCUCAGGGCAAUGAUAAAAAAGAGCAUGAAAUGUAAAAACUCGUUUUCUGUAAAUGAAAUAUGGGAUGUUGUUUUGCAGACUAUCAAUUUUGCAUCAACCUUCGUGUAAAUUGCACCGUCUUCCCAAGCGUAGUUACUGCAGCUGUUAUCUCAUUUGUACCAUUCAGUUGGUAUAAAUGCAGGAAAAUCAGUGUCUGCAAAUGGAUUACUAUUGUGUAGGACUUGCGGAGUUCUUUCUCAGACAGUUACGCCUUUAUUUUAUACAAAGCUUCUGCAAAUGGCUUAGAGAAUGAACAGCCCCCUUAAACACCUUCAAAUAGGCUCAAAGUGGGGGUAUUGUGCUUCUCCAUAUUUACAACAAAAAAUGCAAAGUUGCAAAGUUUGGUGUCCAAACUAGAUGUAUGCAAAGUUUCCUAGAAAUCCUUCAAAAUAGAUGCAAACUGCUUAAAUCUCGGACAAAUGCAAGAUUAUAGUUGAUGUGUGUGAUUUACUAAAAUUCGGACAUAAGAAUUACAGGCUCUCUUUACUGUUACAUCUGAGAAGUGACACCAUAUAUACUGUAUAUAGAAUGUACAUCUUCUACCUCCUUGCUGGGUAAAGACUCUGCAAGAACAGCACCCCCUGGUGACUGGUUACAGUAUAGGUCAUAAACCCCGCCUCCUCCAGCAAAAUUAACGAGGCUGUGGACAAACUUUAAAAAUAAAUUACACAGAAUAUACAUUUUUCUCUCCCUGGUUGUGAUGUUGACAUGUAGUUAUUGUUAGACUGGUUUACGCUCAAGUCCUCAUUUUUCUGCGCAGCUCAAUUUUUUAAAGUUAUUGGGAGUUGUAAGAGGAUUGCGUAGGACAUCAAGGGGGUUCGCUGUUAAAACAAAGUGUCAUCACAGUGACUCUCUUGCUGAAUGCUACUGCGCAGUACUGACAGGAGGUGCAGCCAUGUUGUCCAUGCUAUAUACAGUUGACAGACAGACCAUAUACAGUCCAUAACAUACAAAAUUUGAGGCUUUUUUUAAAAUCUGAAAACCAUGUAAUGCUAUUAAAAAGGAAUCAGAAAGGAAGUAUAGAGUCUACCACCCACCCACCCACUCACCCACCCCCUUCACGUUUGUGUAAUUUUGCUGAACUCUUAUCUGUUUUGUUGCCAGCAGAGGAUGACAUUUGCCAAGCAUCUGUGAAACCUGCAAGAGGUGAAUAUUAAGCAUCCCAGAUAGAUAUUGAGGAUCAGAAGGUUUCUGCUGUCACAGAUAUACAGUAACAAGCUUAGAUCCACAUUUAACCUUUUAAAAAAGAGAAACUGUUUUUUGAAAAGGGGUAUAGGAAUAGAGACCCUGACGGAUUGGAAAAGGAGCAGAGAGUAUUUGUACAUGUCUUGAACAUGCCCUCUUUCAUUAAUCCUCAGUAGCGUCAGUAUGUUGAGCUCCCAUAGUGAAGCAGCAGGGUGCAAUCUUCUGCACGAGUAAAUAAAGUAUAUUAUGCUGUUUGUUUAUAGCAGCUCUCAUAUUGUUGUGUGUCUCUCACCACAGGAAUAAUGCAGUCAUGGUGUGAGGGAAUCUGGGGCUGAUGAAGGUGAAGGAAAUAUAGAAAUAAUGUGACCUUGGAGGGAUGAAUAUAUGUAGGAAAAGGGAAGGGAAACAGGAAAUGGAAAGAAGAGGUAUAUUAAUACUGGAGUGCCUUAUAAAAGAAAUUUCAUAAUGUACGGCUUUUUCAAGCACAUUAACAGACUAUCCAAGCACUAUGUGCUAUAAAAGACUAGCGGAAAAAGCCUCGUUUUUCACCUGCAGCAAGAAGACUGAUUCUUUCCCUCCUUUUGAAAAUGCAUCACAUCGAGACAGUCCUGUUUCAUUUAUUCAGAGUCAAACCCAAAGUCAAAACGAUUCUGUCACAUGUCAUUUUGGAGAAAGUUACUCAUGCAGCUCUCCUCCCUCCAUGCAUCACUCUUUUCCCUCCGUCUUGUCCAAAAUGUAACAGCUAGGCUUUGUACCAAUUAUAAGUUCUGCUCUAUACCAUACAUUUCUGAAAUGCUGACCUUUUCUGGGCCACCACAUGACCUGGGAUCCUCAGAUGGGGCUCUUGUGAUUGUCCCAAAGCUGAGGUGUAAAUCCAAAGGUGACUGUGGUUUUCUUAUCAGGGCAACUCGACUUUUAAGCAACCUGAACGAAAAGAUAAGCCUGAAUCAGUGUCUCAACUUCUGAUGACACUUCUUAAAAUCUCACUUUUAAAGGCUUGCUUUUCUGUGAUUUUACCUCACUCUCCUAGUCUUUUUACUGUUCUUUUCUAUUCAUCUGUGUCAUAUUACUAUCAGUCUUUUUGUCCUGUUCUUAUGCUUCCUUAUUACUUUAUCUCCUUAUUCAUCUGUUGCUAUAUUUUCAUUUUACCUCUGCUUCCUCUCAUGUUAUAUCCUAUACUUAUAUCCCAUAAUCCCAUUUCAGCCUUUUAUUGCUUUUAUUUAUACCUGCAAUUGUUUUUUUAAUUAUGUUAACAUCCUUCUUGAUCUGCCUUUUAUUACUUUUAUUUGCACUUAUACCUGUUGACCUUUUGCAUUGCCCUUUUUCUCGAAAUUUCUUGACUCUCUUUGGCCUGAUUAUUGCAUGUUUGGUCUUUAUUUUCCCAAGUUCUUACCUUUGCUCUCUGUGUACUAUUUGUAAACAUCAGUUUUAAGAGCGCCGUAUAGGCAAAGUUAUUAUUGUCUUUAGUCAAACAGAUUGGUUGAUGCUUUCACCAGCUCUGCUGCCAACGUUCGUAUUGAAGAACAAGAUCUUGCUCCUGUUUCCUCUGUCAGAGAUAGUUGGGGCCCAGCGUGUAGUCAGGUUCUCCCUCUGGCAUUAGUUUUGCUGUUGAGAAUAAAUCACUGUUAUGCGGUUUCAACCAAUCAGAAUCAAGUAUUUUACAUUUCAGGUUGAUAGAAGUUAUAACUUGUGCAAAUUGCAAUCAAAAAAGUCUUUCAAAUUGCAAAUUUCUAGAGCUAAAAUUCAAAUUUGAUAUCAAAUAUAUCAUUUAAAUCAAAGUCCAGAUUCAGGACUCCGCAGAAUGCCUCCCCCUCCUGCAUUUUAAGCACACAUGUAUAAAAUGAAAGGAAACGCUGAUGGCUUAGCAUGCAUCCAUACACAUAAUCUACACAGCAUCCUCUCUUCUCUCCACAUUUACAGCUUCAGCCAUCCAAAACAGAGUGAGAAUUAAUCUUCGUAAAUCUUGAUAGAUUUGGUAAAAGUCAUGAUGUAACCUCGAUUUAAAAGAAUCUUUACUUUUUAUUUAGAGUCUGCCUUUAAGUAAGAAGCUUUUGUUUAAUUUUGUUUCAUAACCAGUUUUUAAAUGAUUACGAAACAGUCUCACUGUAAUACUGAUGCUUCUAUGUGACCUACAAAAGCAACGCAGACCAUCAGUGAAGAUGGUCCUUCUGCACUUAUUUGGAAAAGCUGUCAUCGUGUUGGAUUUGCAAAGCAAUUUUCAGCAUGCAGACCUCAAAAGCCUUUGUUUACAUCCUCCCUGGCAGUGUGUCAUGGUAAAAAAAAAAGUAUGUUUGCCUGCUCUAUGGAAGCAGAAAGAGUCUUUCAACAGGGAACGCAGGAUCAGCGCAAAGAUUAGUCUCUGCAGUUCUUCAGAGACUACCACACUCAUUUAAUGAGGUUCCACAGAGCAACAACGAAAGCUCUUGUAGAUCAGCAUACUCUCAUUUUCGCACCAUUAAAGGCCUUUUGCAUUUAAUGCAGAUACACAGAGUAACCUGCAUGUUGCCGAGAGAGGCACCUGGCUUUUAAAGAACUCCUGCCCACCCGCUGCAAUGAUACGCUCUCUGAGCAAAAGGUCUUGGCAAAGCAGAAUAACUGAGAGGGUCUGCCUGGGCAGCAGAAACCAGUAAAUGUUCCAAAAAGCACGUGUUUUUCCCUGUGGAUAAUACAGUGCCCAGCAUAAGUCAGUACACCCCCUAUUAAAAGUAAUGUAUUACUUAAUAUCUAGAUGAGCAAAAGUACAAUUUCCAAAGUUUGGACAAAGCUGAGUUUAACGUAACAUUUUAUUUAGCAUAAGAUGAACGUAAGGGUGAUAUGGUAACUAAAAUUUAGCUUUGCUCCCAGAACUUUGAUUGGGGUGUACUCAGUUUAGCAUCCUGAUUUCAAAUUGAAAAAAUACUUUUUUUGUAUGCAGCUAAAAAAAUCUUGUUUGCGAUCAAUGGCCUACAUUUGGGGGAGUAUUUUGUUGUAUAGUCUGACAGAAAAAGUUGAUUCUGAAAGGAAACUCAAGGUUUUCUGACAACUCUGAAGGGGUUUACUCAUUUAUGCUGAGCACUGUAUGUUUCCUGUGUGAAGCAAAAGUCAACUUUAGCAGCUGUUUUCAUGAAGUUUUAACCUUCAAUGAAUGAAUGUAAAACAUGAAUUGGACAGUUUGUUGUUAUAACAAUGCUCUGUUUGCAGUUAAAUGAAAUCUGUGUUGGUGUUUGAAGAUUCAAGGAGAAGUCAAACUGAGUUCACUUUGUUGUGCCUUUACUUUGUAGUCUUUCUAGUCAAUUCUCUUCCGUCUUUGUGAGCAGUGUGAGUGAACAACUACUGCAGGCGAACAAAGAAGAAAACAAUGACAGAAGCAUAUUUAGAGAAAAGGAAACAAACUUGAACUUCAGAUACAGAAAAUAAGAAAGAGACUAGCAGUUGUGCGAAUUUUGAAAAUACAUUGAUGUAACCUUGGGGGCAUCGCUCAGUCAGUUUCUGUAGAGUCUUUAUAUAGCCCAUUAUAAAACCAGCUUCCAUGUAUAAACAAAUACAAAAGUAUUUGUCGAAAUCUACACACAAAUAAGCAUUGUGUUGUACACUUGUUUUCCAAUGACAUGCAUUUCCUGUGAUUGCUGACAGAAGAGGCCUAUAUCAUUAAUAUUUAACUGCAUGUCAAGUGCAGGCCCUUCUAUGUCUUAAUGUGCACACUGUUGGCUGAACAUGUAAUGAGUGUAAAGGGAUGAAAGUUUAAUUUAGUGUCAUGUGUCGACAACACGAGGAAGACUGGCACUCAAAUGAACUCACUUUUGUGCAGAAUCUGCGCUCUGCGAGUGUGUCAGGAACAUAUGGUGGUGAAUGACUGUGAAGCUGAAACAUCAUUCUCUCCUUGUAUUAUAGAUAAUGUUGUCUCAGUCUAUCACAGUCCAUCACUGUCAAAGCUCAUGCACCAAAGCUUUUCUCAGUGUGUCUUUGUCUGUUGCUGUUUUCUGUUAUGUUACCAACAGAAGCGAAAAGCGAUGAGUGAAUUACACAACUGCUCUGCUCUGCAAGGUUAAGUAGAUGGAAUAUAUUACUCAUUUUGCAGCAGUUAAAUGCUUGUUGACUACUGAGAACAUGCAUGUAAAGACUAUUGACCCCUUAAAGGGAUAUUCUGGCGUAAAAUUAAUUUAGGGUCAAACGCACCAUAACACUGAGUUAGACACCCCCUCGAGAGAUGAAUGUUGCCGACUGCUUGCUUCUCUAGUUUUACCAACUUUAGUAAUGACCGCACGAUAGCAAUACACAGAGGUCUCAGGGGCCACACACAAAACUUGCAAAAUGAUUAAUAUGAUGAUUAUUACUUUAAGGAAAUGAUAAAGUAAUGAUCAUAAGUGUUCUUCCUUGAGCUAUGUCAUCAUGUCAAAUGUAAAGAAGUACAAAGCUAGUUCAGUCUCAUUUUGUCACAUUUCCUUCAGAAUCAUAAGCGAUCAUAAUCUGCAUCUCCUCGAAAGGCUUUGUCUGCAUUCUUGUUGGGCAUGAAGUUAAAAUAGAUAAACUUCUUGAUUCAGGCCACAGAGCAGCAGGUAGUAAAAGCAUACGAUUUUGAAAGUUUCUUCUACAAUGGAAGCCUUAUCACCCUUUUAGAAAUGUUCACUGGAAACCUCCCAGUGUUUGAACUUCUCAUGAAUCGGACCUAGAAAAGAGGUUUUUUUUUUAGAAAUAAGAAAAAAAUACAUACCUUAUUGUUAGGUCCUCAGAAACUCAAACUGUGAAAUAGCUUUUCACACAGCCCAUGUCUGUGAUUGGUGUUGACAGAACAUUUUAUACUGGACACACCAGGGAAGAAGUAUUCAGAGCUGAUGCUUGAGUCGGAUUUGAACCCAAAGUGGGGAGCAGUGGGGAGAGCAGCUGUAGCUAUUCUGACUAAAUGGUAUUUUAUAAGUAGUUUUGUUGGGUGGUUCUCGGUUCAGGACUUAAGAACAUUUACCAUCCCAAUCCUUACAUACACAGCAAGUUAUGCUAACUUGAUGGAGACCUUUUAUACUAAUUUCCACCCUUCAUGACACCAGUCUGGGGCACCUACAGUCACUUUGCAUUAUUUGCAGCUCAAAAAAUUUGUUUAUCUGGUUCUGGCAUAUAUAAAAAUCCUCAUUUCAGCUCCAUGCAGCCUUCGUUUUAAACACUUUGUUUUGGCUGCUGCUUAAAACUUGUGGUUUCAAGCCGCCAUAUAAAGUCUGUGUAUGAGAUGCACAAAGGUGUCAUGGGUGAGGUGGCAAGUACAAACAGCUGUGAUGUGGCUGGUGAUGUCCUGGAAACAUAAAAACUUCCCACUGUUUUCUAGUGCCUGCUUUUUGGGGGAUAGAAAAUAGCUGUACGUUCUUUACCCUCUCUAAUAGCUUUUUGUUCCUUUAAGCCACAUUUGCACUCUUCUUACCAGUGGGAGAGAAUAAACAAAGGUGCAAAAAAAGCAUAACCUUAUUUAUUAUUUCAACAAAAUGCAGAAGCCCACUGUUUACACUUGCAGUUUGCAGUUGACAUGGCAUCUACAGAGCAGAUUAGUUGUGCCUAUAUUAUCACAGAAAUAGAUUUGAGCUAAUUUAUGAGCGGAUGAACGCCAACAGUCUCCUCAGACAGUUUUCUUUUGUGAACAACUAGUGCGUGUUUGGAGUGGGCGAUGCUACUUGUGCUACAAACAGGAACACUUGGAAGCCAACAAAGUCUCACUUGCCAACAGAUUAUACAUUUAUAUGCAGUGGAGUGAAAGGUUCAGUCAAAUGAUACCAGGUACAAUCAUUUUAGCUCGGAGCUGUUCCCUCCUGAGCACAAAGAGUCAUCUUUAGAGACAUGGUUAAAAGAAGUAGGUGUGGAGGAACUCAGCUGCAUGUAAAUGCGUCAGAAUGCAGAAUCUGUUUAUAGGGCAUACUUAAAGGGAUAUUCCGGCAUUAAAUUACACCGCUUGCUUCUCUAGUUAUACCAACUUUAGUAACGACUGCACAGCAAUACAGAGAGCCAUGGGCUCAACCAAAACGCCACUCUAUAGCCACAAAUAAUGCUCAGAGUAGCACCUAACUUCAUCAAUACAACAUAUAGGGUCCCAGCCACAGUACUAGCCAUCAAACAUCUUUUUAACUUUGCCUAAUUUCUUUAGCAAAGAGACUAAACAUAACUCACCCACUCUCUUCCAGCAGCUGCUUAUUUGUAGCGAGACCUUGGUCAGUCCAUCGACUGCUGCGGGGUGACACAGCUCAAGGAAGAACAUUUAUGAUCAUUACUGUAUCAUUUCCUUGAAGUAAUAAUCACCAUACUAGUCAUUUCGCACUGCAGACACGGUAGUUCGUCUGCCUUAGCGUGUCGAUCUGAUUGCAUUUCCAUGAGGAAAUGAUCAUAAAUGUUCUUCCUCGAGCUGCGUCACCCCACAGCAAUCGAUGGACUCGGCAGAACAAGCGGCUGCUGGAAGAGAGUGGGUGAAUUGUGCUUAGUCUCUUUUCUAAAGAAAUCAGGCAAAGCUAAAAAGAUGUUUGGUGGCUAGUGCUGUGACUAGGACCCUAUAUGUACUGUUGACUAAGUUGGGUGCUGUUUUGAGCAUUAUUUGUGGCUAUAUGGUGGCAUUUUGGUUGAGCUUGUGGCUCUCUGUAUUGCUGUGGGGUCAUUGCUAAAGUUUGUAUAACUAGAGAAGCAAGCGGUCGGCAACGUUCGUCCCUCAACGGGGCGUCUAACUCUGUGUUACGGCGUGUUUGACCCUAACUUAAUUUUUAUGCUGGAAUGUCCCUUUAAAAACUUCAUUGGGUAUUAUGAAAUAUUUUAAAUUUUGACCAUGAAGGUUAAAAGCAGGUACAUAUUCUUGGACAGGCCAUUAAACGUGUAUUUCCUUGUAAUCAUUAUUUUCUACCAUGGUGGAUCAAAUAAGAAAAGAUAACAAAGAGUGAUGUAAAUUGGGUUCCUAAUGCAGCUAUUAUCAUUAUUAUUUUUACCUAUGCUGCAAUAGGGUCUGUGAGUCCUCAAACAAUAAGGAAGUUAGUGUCAAAGUGAGGCCAAAGUCAACAUAACACAUGAGUGAAAUAAACCAGGCAAGGCUCAGACGUGUCUGAAAAUAAGUGUUCGGAUAACAGAAAAAGCACUUCCCUGCCAUGAGACUGUUCAUAAAUUCUUUUAACUAUUUAUUAUGACAAUCUAAUGUUUAAUAUCCAAACAAGAGUGAAAAGAUGUUGGUAAAAACUGUUAAGAAAACUAGAUUGGAUUCACAGCAAAGCAGCAGAAAUUGCCUGAUAUAUUGGUCAUCUCCUGCAUUAUGUCUCGGUAAUCCAAUCCCACUAGAUGCAACUUUUUGAGAGACUGCAGGGGGAAAAAGCGGUUUGGCAAAGGCCCUCCGAUCUGUUGAAUGUAGAGUUUGUUUGAGGGGUGAGAAAAUAUGUCAUUUCGGAGUCGUGGUUUAUUCCCACGUAAGAGAGUGCGCACCAAUCAGAGGCCGUUACGCUCCACCCUACCUGCCUCCUCUCCGCCCCCCCUUUUCCAUCCACAUACUCACUAGUGAACACGACCUGCCGCCUGCCACAUCUGGAGCCGCUUCACUACACGACUAAGUUCGACUUUUUACUGCAACACUCAGGCGUGUGCGGAGUGAGAGUCGUCAGGGUGAAAUUUUGGCUUUUCUCUUGGUAGUAAGUAGAGAUUUUUUGAAGUUAAGUUGGCGUUUCUGUCCCCUUUUUUGUCGGACCCUUUUUUGGCUCCGUUUGGGAGUUUCAUACAUUCAGUUGCUGAUCAGCUGCCACGCUAGUUUGAGUUGAAGCAGAGCGCGACUUUACUGCGAGAAAAACACACAUUACACAUCUCAAAGUUGUGUUUUUACAUUGACUUGUGACAGUGGAGAGUGUGUGUUAGUAAGUUUAGGUUUACCAAACAGAUAAAUGAAUAAGAAGUGAGUGAUUUCAUGCUGUUUUUGCGUUUAAAUGCUGCAUUUAAAGCCUGUUUUUGCUCGCUGCAUGCUGGUAGAUGCUGCGUUUAUGGUGACAUGAGUCACAGUGAAUCAAACGGGGAAACUCAACAGCGACUUAGUGAUGGAGUGACACAUUUCGGGCUUAUUUUCUUUAGUCCAACACUGAUCUAACAUUUGGAAAAGGAGACUGGAAUAAACCAUAAGGCGCUGAGCUCCAUACUGAAGUGUUUAAGUUAGUCUGAGGGGAAAUUUAAAAGACCUAAAAAUACAGUGUUGGUUUCUUCCCCCUACAAAGAAUCAUUUGAACUUCCCACCGCAGAGCGAGAGCGACAUAAAUAGUUCUGACAUGUGGAUGUAAUUUCAGAAGAAGAGGAAAAAAAAGGGGACAGAUGCAGAGAAAUAAAGAGAGAGCGGUCUGAGCCGGAGCAUAUAGUCAGAUUAUAGGAAAUUAAAUCGAGGACACAGAGAGAGAAAGAGAGAGAGAGAGGCGAUUACCGAGUUAUGAUUUCACAGGCAGCCGUAAACAUCGCCAGGCCAGAUGGAGUAAGAAAAAAACAGAAGUCGCUCCACUUUGAAGAGAGUUAAGUAGCUUAAAUCAUCUCAAUCUGAGCAUCAUCAGCGUCUGUUCGAGCGCCAGAGAGGGAGCUGCCUCAGGUACGGGAUGGGACCCGCUCUGCUGAUGCACAAACUGGACUUUCUGCUCAUCUCACUACUCAGCACUUUGUGUCUGGUAAGACAUUUCUUUUUUUUGUUUGUACACUCAUGCAACUUGUGCAAUAAGUAAACUACUACCUCGGUGUUGCUUCUGUGUGCAGAAUGUCAGAGGGCAGAGAGAUGAGCAGCUGUCAUUGCAACAGACUAUGUAAAAUGUCACAAAUGCAUGUUGACCUGCAAGAAUCAGUGUCACCCUUUACAGUUUUGCAGAAACCACACAUAAUAUAUCUUGCAAAUCAUGAUUGAUGCAGAGUUUGCUCAUGAUAACUGAUAAACUAAUCCACGUGGACUCCAAGAUAAGAUUUAAUGUUACUCCUGAUGAUGACUUUAUGUGAGAGAGAGCUUUACAUACUAAAACAGCAGCAAUAUAAAACAGGUAGAAUAGAUUUUACAGAACAGAAUCUGUGCUGCAUGUUAAAAUUCAUGAAUGAGAUUUGAUUGAUGGAAACAGUUUUGUGUUAGCAUACAUAGCUAUUCUGACUCUCUAUGAUUGUCUGUCUCUUAUUCUGUGCGUCAUAUCACAGUGUUAGUGUUGAGCACAGCCUUGUAACCCAGCUCUGGUGAUAAAUAGACUGAGUAGUAUUGUGUGUACUACUAACUGCAGCUUGAAUGAGGGUCAAUAUCGCAUUCAUUACUCCAGGGGAAGCACCUGAAAAUUCAAUACUCUGAAGGUUAAAAUGAUUCAUUUCUGUAAGGCAUUCAUUGUGAUUUGUAGCUGCGCUCUAAAAUAUGUCGUAGCUGUAUUCAGAAGGCCUGUUGCUGCACACACACACGCACACACACACACACACACACACACGUACACACAUGAACAGUUGUGCAGGCACAGCAGAGUACCAAGUUGGUUGUGUGUGUUUUGGCUGAGGCUGUUGUGCAUUCAACAGGCAGUUCGCCCAGGCUCUGAGGUAUGGUGCAUUUUCCCACUGAUGUGGUCCAUCGCUGCACCGCAGUGGACCUCGAGGCUCAUUGGUUUAGAUGGCAGAGGAAAACAAUUAUAACAUAGCUGUGUAUUUAUAGCUGAUUCAACAUUCAGCCGUUAAAAAGCUCUGUCUGUGAAGGAUGUUUACCCGCUUUUUUAACUUCGCUGUUUGCUUAGUCUUUCUCUCCACAAAAAGGCAAUUUCUUUUUCCCAAACUGUGACCAAAGGGGACAAAGAUUUCACCGAAAGCUAAAAUUAACCGUGGAAACUCUGCGUCUGUGUUUAAAGAAAGAAAAGUACAUUUUUAAAUGGGGACGCUCAGUUUCAAAUUAAAGGACUGUGCCACUUUCUGUAGGCUCAGCAUGAGAGUAAGUGGAAGAGUUAGUGACUCAUAUGACCAUCUCUGGGAAAUUGGCUGAUAAAGGAACAGGCAGGGAAUCUGUCCGCAUUGAGUUUUAUACCUCAGCAGGCAUGCAGGAGUGACAGCUCACAGACAAAGGGCAGCGUCACAGAUCUGGGUUCACUGUGACUGGCUGCCUCACUUACUCACUUAUUACAUUUAUGAAGCGGAAGCUGUGUCGCAGGGAGCUCAGUGAGUGUUUAAUUUCUACCUCAUGACUGUGUUUUCCUCCCUGAUGACUUGCAUGUGUCCUUAUCAUCAAGGGAAAGGACUGUAACACGUACCUUUCCGAUUUGGACAAGUGCUUUAGCAGAUCUGAAGGAAAGACUGUCAUGUUUAAUCGUGCACAAGACAAAUGUAUGAAUAUUAAAGAAAGGACUUUGCUUUUGGCUUAAUCUUUGAAUAUUUUGCAGAGAACACGUGGCUUCUUCAUUCCUCAAAUUUAAAGUGGAAUUUCACAUUUGUUUUGCUAAAAUACAAAGGCAUUAUCAACCAAUCUGAAACUGCAGGGUCAAGACUGCUACAAAUCAAUCUAAAUGAACGUGAAAGGAAAAAAGGGCACACAAACAAAUGUCUGUAAUAGAGAACACUUUAUUAUUUAAAAGGUCUGUUAAGUCAUGCUCUGACUGCAUGACUCUUGGAAGAAUCUUUUAGAGUAGCUUCAUUCAUUUCAAAUUACCCUAAAUAGGACUUCAUAACAUAGAUUAGAGCGUGGGAUAAUCUCAUCUCAAUCUGUCUCCAGUAAUUAGGGGCAGCAGAUUACUUCUCGCUAAUUCAUCUGAGCUGCUGGUACAUUUGGGCUUUUUAUGGUGAAAUUCAUUCUGCAUGCCCUUUGAACUGCAGGAGUUCUGAAAAAUGUCUUUCUAUCGAUGUUGGAGUCUGAGGGUGUAUAAGCUCGAGCCUCCUCUUAACUACAGCCAGUUAGCAAAUUGGGUUGUUGCUGAGCAGUUACAUCAAAUAAAGUCUUUAUAGUGUUUGAUUGCCUCUUUUGAUUGCGCUUAGACUUGAGCACCACGCAGAGACUAAGAGACGAUGCAGUUUACCCUGCUGUGUGAAGCAGAGUGAAAGCUCAUGGUGUUAUGUAUUAUUCUCAGUUGUCAAGUUUUAUAAAGCAAUGCGGCGAAAUGCUUUAGAUUUACCUCAAUUUAGAAAAGUUCAAGAGUUACAUGCAAGGCUGAAACACUGCUGGGAUUUUUGUCAUCAACACACGCUGUGUAAAUUACAGACUUUUAGAGUUUUCUGUUUUAUUUCAAGAUAUGACAUAAAAAUGAAUCAUGAAAUUUUGUGACACUUGCAGGAUUUAAUGUAAAACAGGCAUGAUAAAACUCAAUUUUUUUUACCUUUCUUUGUACUUUAUCCUGAAUAUUUAGGUCAUACUUUGGGGUGUAACAGUACAGUAUGUACCUCCGUUUUAAAGUCUCAGUUCAGUUUAUUUAUUUUUUGGUUCAUUAAAGAAAACAAACACAACACAUAAUUUUUUCCUUCCUUUUUUAGGAUCUUAAAUCGUCUCUUUUGCAAAAUUCCUGUCAUAAUAUACAGAUAUUGACAAUAAUGUUGUGAGUCAAAAAAUGUAUGUAAGAGCUUGUUCCUCUUUUUCAAAAUAAAAGCAUGGUUUGCAUAAGAAGAAACAAAGCAACUUGAAUGUAACUCAGUCAAAAACAUUGUCAAUCUAAGAUUCUGUCUCAGGGCUGGUGAUGCUGACUGAACAUAACUUUGAAUAUCUUUAUAAAUAGUUUCAAAGUUUUAGUUUUAAUAUCUCCUUAAUAGAGUUAUGGUUAAGUUUUUCGCCUUGAUAAUUAUGAGAAAAAAAAAAACGUGAUAGCAUGUCAGUUCUGGUCCAAUGUGAAGCAUCAGCAUUUUACAAGCUUGUUGGCCAGCUCACAUUCAUUUUUUGUCACAUUUUAAAUAACAGAUGAUCGCACAGUUAAAUGAAUAAAAAUAGAAUCAAAAUAAAAUAGAAGAAUAAUGCAACAUACUUCAUAAAAGGUCUCCUUGGAUGAAUAAUACUGCCAAAUACAUUAGACAUUUUAAAGUAGGUCUUGUGUUGGGACGAGCGCGGACACCUUUGAGCUUCAUAAGUAAACACCUCUUUGUAAAGCCCUGUCAGACUGGAAACAACCUAAAAGAGCUUUGGUGACUUUGGAUGUUCUCAACAACUGGGCAUGGCCGUAGAUCUACUGCCAGAAAAAGCACCAAUGGGAUUGGUCAUUGCUGCGACCUUCUCGGAAUUACCAGCAGAAGGUUGUUGACGUGCCAAAGACAGCUGCGGCUUUUGGCUUUCUGAAGUAAUAUUCCUGUUUGUUUGGUUCCAUUUCAAAUGCAAUAACAAGGUGGAAAUGUUGCUAGAAGUGCACUCAAUCAACGCAAAACGAUGCAGCAUCUGUCUGUUCAUUGUUGUGUUUCCACAUGGACCUUGAUGGUAGAGAUGGGUCUCAAGAUCUUGCCUCUCCCUUGUUACGGCUUUAAAGGCGUGUGAUGUGUGUAGAGCACUCUCCCCUUCAGUUUGAGUGGGAUUCAGGUAUAAAGAAGUUUUUAAUCCUAGAUGCAUUAAGGAAGAUGAAAUCUGCACCAUCCCAUUGCACCUGUGCAGAUAUAGUCUAGCCCCUUUACACCAGUGGUCCAAGAUAACACCUUUAUUCUUGUUUGAACCAUGUGAGUAUGACAGAAAUCAAUACAUCACUCAUUUUUCACAAACCAUGCCCUGAGAGUGUCAGUGUUUUCCACAGUCUACCAAUGUAUUCCUUUGACGCCCCCGGUGUUAUCACUGACCUUUUCUACCUUUGUCUUUCUUUUAUUUAUAGUUUCUUUCAUAUAAGAUCAAUUACUUAUGGCUCUCUUCCUGUAGUCUGAUUAUCUCUAGUGUCUGACACACUGUCUGCAAGAGAAAAACAUAUCUUAUUAUUAGGAUACUUGUGCACUAAUAACUUAUUUCAUCAUCAUCCUAACAAAGAAAUGGCUCAUAAUCCAGUCUCAGUUAAAGUGUCUUUCAUUCACUGAUUCAUUUCCAUGUGAUUACCAGAUAACACCUCCUCAAGUAAAUUACAGGUAGCAUGAAAAUAGGACCUCUUUCAAAACAGUCUCUUUCUUUUUUAAUAAUGUCACCUCUGACCUGAGCUGUUUGUCUAAAUGAGAUUUUUGUUGACAAAGAAGCCUGUGUUCAGCCAGAGCUGGUAAAAGAAAAAGCUUGAAAGGUUUUUAAAUCACUGUCAAGUUUUUAUUUAAAGUAGAUCGAUACAAAGCCCACCUUGAAGGACAAGCUGAGUGAUACAAAGCACACGUAACCACUUUUUCAUGCUGCAUUUGGUGUGUGAGUUCAGACAGUCUGGAUGUGGCUUUGAUCCGGAGUCCCUCUUAUCAGGCCCUAUUAAGAAACAAGAGGGACAACAAAGGCCUGCCAGGAUCAAUCUGCUCAUCUUAGUUCUCCCUCAGCAGGGCUUGACUGUCAUUUCUUCUCCCUUUCAUUAACAAGGAAACACUCUCUUACUGUGUUUUUGCUCACACUAUAGGGACUUUCAGUCUGCUGCGUGGAGUGCAUUCACUUCAUAAAUCCAAGGAUCAGUUUGUGUUGUUUUUCUCUCUCGUCUGUGAAUGUGUGGGUGAACGAUGCAGGGUCAGACUUUGUAUUCUGACCUUCUAAGUGUGAGAGCAGGAGCAGUAGGAGGGUGCGUCACCAAUGAUUAAGUAGCAGCCGGCUGAUUUUCAGUCAAAAGUGACCAGGAUAGUUUUUUUUUUUUGGGGGGGGGGUGUAGAUACUGCACAUUUUGUAACCCAUUUUCAUUUAUUUCCUUUAUGUAACAGCACUCAAAUUGCUCGAGAUUGUCUCACUUCUUUCAAAAAAACUUUAAAACGCUGUAAGAAAGCCUUUAUUGCUUAUACUGUUUAUUCCAAAAACUCAGUUCAGUUAGUUCAGCUUCAGCAGGUCAACAGGUCCAUGUACUAAAACAUGCCUCACAUGCAUGAGGCUGCUAAAUCAGGCAUUUCAGGUCAUAUGAAUCCAGCAAAAAAAGGCAAAACCCUUGAGGAGCUGGUUAAUUGUUGGUUUGUGAAAUGUGAAAGAAAGCUGACGUCAACUGACAGACCAGGUCGAGGGGGAAACACGCCAUCUGUCCAUCUGUCCAGCUAAUUUAGCAUUUGGCUUUCCUUUAUUUUGUCUUAUUUACGCUGUAUUUUAUUUUCAUGUCGCACAUCUUGCUAACCUUACAUAUAUAUCUAAUAUAUAUAUAUAUAUAUGUAUAUGUAUUUGUUGCACUAACUUUCUCCUGCUCUAUGGCGUCACCUCUGCCAACUUCACUGGACAAACAGUUGAUUUUGUUUUUCCAUUAUCACAGAUUUGACUUCAUAUUAGCAAUUAAUUUGAAAAAACAAUACUUGGUAAAUGAGACGAUACGAUAUAUCAUAUCACCAGACAAAAUAUCACGAUACUGUGCUGUAUCGAUUUUUUCUCCCACCCCUCUUUAUUUGUACUUUUGAGUAAAAACACUAAACUAUCCUUGAGUUCAUUGGUAUGAUGGCAAACUUACUAAGUCUCCAGUUAAGACUAAAAUCGGACUAGGUAAAUCCUUGACAUCUAACUAAGAACUCCUGUUUGACAGAGAGCAGAGCCUCUGAUAAGACAUAUUUAUGUUAUUUUUAGAGAUACUCUGUGUGCAUCUUUGCUUGAAGCUACUUCAUAAUUUCUUAUUCAUCCUAAAUGAAUGAAAUGAAAGUCCAGUGAAAUAAUCAUAUUGACUGAGGCACUGACAGACAGCACUCCUUAUCAGCAGUCGUAAUUACCUUUGUGUGAACAUCUUAUUUAUUGAAACUAUUUUUACAUCUUGAAACAGCUCUUCUGAGAUAGGAGCAACACAAUGUUUAAUAAUUUCCUCCAACUUAAUUAAAUUUAGGAUUCAAUACAAACUGUUCAUUCGCAGCUGCUGUCCAUCUUUCCCCACAAGGACCGCAAAAGGCUUUUAUGUCGGGGCCGCUUCAGACUGUUUUCUCCUUCAGGACUCCUAUCAAACAGAAAAAAUAAAUAUUUAAAAUGAAGCCAAGGGGGUGGCUUGAUUGAUAAUUGGCCUCUGCUGAUCAAUUAAAGCAUCUCCUGAAGUUUUACUUUGUUUUUUAGUAGUCAGCACAACAUGUUGGGUUUCGUGCCUCUGGCUGUAAAAUAACCAAACGUUAGACUCAUUUGACCCAGUAUGCAAAAACAUCAUUGAAGUUAUGCUCACCAUCUCAGUUUGUCUAUUCUUUUGUUCAACUUCAAUAAUAAUCCAGUUUUUUCUUCUCAUGAGUGACAAGUUUGUUUGUCUGAUCUGAGAUCCAAGAGGACAAACUGCCUCCUCAGCAAAGGUACAGCGUCAUUCUGUAAUCACGACUUUCUUAAGUUGCUGUAGCGAUCUAGUUGCCAGGUAAGAGGAUUCCCGUCAUCAUUGGCCAGCAUGACGUAAUCAUAUUCUACUCAACAACUUUGUUUUGUGUUCCUUUCCAUUCAUCCCUCAGGGGUUAUAACAAUAAAUCUCCAAAGAAAGCCUUGUUAUGUUUGCAGCGUGCCACUAACUUGCUGAGUCCAGUUUUAUCUGGUGUUCCCUGACACCCUGAAGCUUACAGUUUUGAGGUUAGUUGACGUAUUGCCGAACAAAGGUCCAGUUGAAGUGUGGAUUGGCUAAGAUAGAAAUAAAGAAAACAAAAAGCUAAAGUUGACAUACCUCUUAGGGCUGGGCAAUAUGGCGUCAAAUCGAUAUCAUAAUAUAUUGAGCAGUUCACCUCGAUAACUAUAAAUGGACGAUAACUACUCCACAAGCUGCUCACCCCCACUCACAUUAACUUCAUCUACUCCAGCUGCUACAACUUUUGAACGGUCCUCCAUCUCCUCACCUGUCUUUCCCUCUUUUUUGCGGACUGGAUGGGGUGGAGUCACGUCUCUGACAUAGGACAGCGUCUUAAAUGGACAUGAGACCAUAGCCUACCUACAUGCAUCCAAAACCAACUUUUAGUUAUUUAUUAUUUUGACACCGAAUAUACCGAUAUGGGAAAAAUUAUGUCAGUUAUUGUCGCAAACUUCGUUUUCGGUAAAUUUUCAUUUUAUCACCCAGCCCUAAUGCCUCUCACUGUUUUCCAUCUUUAAACAUAUGCUUUAUGCAAAGUUGAAUUAUGUAUGCAGGACUGCUAAUUGGUGAGGUCAAGUCAGUGAAUCACAGCAAUAACAAAAAUCAAAACCAUAAAUAAACUGCUAUGUUAUUGCACAAAUCACUAAAACAACAACAAAAAAACCCAUCAGCGGAUACACAUGGAAUAUGUCACACAACCGCUGUUGGCGCUUACAGACACGCAGUGCCACCGGAAGGCUUACACACACAUAAGCACACACACACACACACACACACACUCACACACACGGAUGCAGCGUUCGCACGCUCAACAGUCAUUGCUGCCAGCGCAAAUGCAUAUCAAGUAAAAUCAGGUCAUUUAUUCGGUCCAGCAGAGAGGAAGAUAGAAAAGCAAAGGCACAGAAUCAAACAGAUUCUUUGCAUGUGUCUUAUCAUAAAGCCAAUUAGACAUCUUAGGCAAUUUAGGAAAUAACAACUGUGUAAUAAAACCACUUUCAGUGUCAGUCAACUGGCCAUUAUUACAUGGUGUCAUUUUGUACUUUGAUAUAUUUGACAGUGAGAGCGACACUGUUGUACUUUCAAAGGCAGUACUCUGUUUCUGUUGAUGAAACUGUAUUUCUUGUGUCAGGGGCUCUGUGAGCUUAGUUUAAAUUCUGGCAAUGGCAAAUCUGAUCACUUAUAUUUCUCUGUGAUUUCUUACUCUGGUUGUAUUUUCAAAGUCUAAGCACACGCUGUGUAUUUUGAUUGCUAACUUGACUGGGACCACUUUGACAAUCUGGAGAUGAGAGCAUGCGAACACUCCUGCAGGGUGCUCAGUCCUACCAUUUCCAACAGUGAAGAAGUCAGCAAGUAGUUAGAAGGACAGUCAUGACAAAAUGGAUAAAUGGGUUGUAACAGUGGGUAGAGAAAGCUUUAAAAACAGUCUAUUGGUCAAAUCACUGCUUUCACUACAGGAAGCUACGACUGAAAUGGACUACAUGCUCUUAGAGUGAAAUGUCACUUCACUGAGUCACUAAAACACCAAAAUAACACGUUCAAACCCUUUUUCCUGCACUCAGAGUGUCCUGUAUAUGUGUACGAUUGACUGUCGGGAAAUGGAAAUCCACUCUAAUGCCCAAAGCUGAGGGAUCUUGGAGGGCGUUUUCUGGUCCACAGAUGGUAUUUAUACCCCUCGUGCUGAGGUGUAAUUUCUCCACCCAAAGGGGCAGAUUUGAGACAUCCUGUUUUGUAAUUUACUUUUACAGCACGUAAUGUGGAUUUAAGCAGCACGGAGGUGUAAACUCUGUAUCAGCUGCUGCUCUACACGGCUCGUCGCUGUCAGUGAGUCACUCGCUGUCGUCACUGGUCAGUUAACAUGUUUGCUUGAAUUUUCCUGGGAUCAGCAGCUCACAGAGGCAACUUGUAGUGUGGAAAAGCCCCUCACACGCAUAUCAUUAUGCUGUGUGUUUCACUGCAGAGCUGUACAGUAGCUGAGAGGAUUCCUGGAAUACCUGCAUAUUUAUCCAAUUAGUAGAUCUUUCCUUAAUCUUCUGUUAUGGUGACCAUUAUCCUGUAUUGACUGACACAUUUCUUGUUUUUCGAGGGUCUGUGAGUCAGACUCAUAACUUGUGUGUUAAUAGGAAGGUCUACAGUUUCACCCACAUGGUAAGGUUAAACCAUGGCUGUGUUUGUCUCAGGAAAGGGCCUUGUUUUCUUGACUUACUGUGACCUCUAACUUUUUUCUUUCUAACUUUUCCACUCAAAGAAUGUGAAACUUAACACCACUUUUACACCUCAGUGAAAAACUCGCACCUCUAUCACAUACUUUUAAUGAUGUGCCCCAGCCUUAUGAACUUCAGCAUUCAUACAGAUCCGCUGUCAGCCAGCCUUGGCUUUUUUGUGCCUUUUUUAAAAAUAACGAGGGUACCUACGGUUUCUCUCUUUUUUGGCUCUGAGUGAACCUGUAAAUAUUGUCGCUCAAAAGUUAAUAAGAAGCUGUUGAACAAAGAUCAGAAAACGCAAAAAAGCCUUUUUUUUUAUAACAACCACAUUUUAAAACCUCAGGUACCAAGUGCUUUAUGAAGCACCAAAAAUAUGUACAUGAGAUAUGAAAAAAAAGAGCAAAAUUAAAAAAAGAUAAAAGUUUGUGUUUGAGGGGAAACUAAAAGUGAUGAUGCCAAAGAUGACAUUCCUUGUGACCGUCUCACUGUGGCACCUCACCUUAUUUCUUUCCAGAUUGCGGAGAUAAAUGAAGUGAUUAUGUUUCUUUGUGUUGAGGACAGGGCCCCGCUCGAAUUAAACACCUGAGCCAUGUUCGAUGUUAUGAUGGUUAUCAGACAAGUUAAAGCUUUGUGUCAGAUUUUUGACUUGUGACUUCCACCUUUCACAGUGAUAAGCCGCCUCCCUGACAGUCUUUGAUAAGGUUGUCUGGCCUCUGUGCGCCUCUCAGUGUCGAGAAUGUCAAAUAAAAAUGACAUUUCCCUUAAAAGUUUUCCAAGGAAUUGUGUGACAGGAAAAGCAGUUGAUGAAACAGAGCAAGUCAAGAAGCGAGAGAGUCGCUGAUGGCUGUGACGACUGUCCCGAUGUGGUUAUUUCUCAAUCACUGCAUCCAUACUGUGAUGCAGACUUCCUCACAGGGAAUAUGCUUGGAAUCCCAGAGUACCUCUGUUGAGUUGACAUGAAAACUCUCAGCUAUGUAGAUGCCUUUGACUGUCAGCCCUGCCCCCGCUGUUGCUGGAGGGAUUGAGUUUCAAAUACACAGAAUCCCUUAGACUUACUAUACUCCCUGAAAAGCAUUAAGAAUCCAGUUUGCAGAUAACUCUUUGCAUGAUCAGGAGCAAAAAAAGAGCAGGAUUUCACACAUUUGAUCCAGUUGUUUAGGUUAUUUGGAAGCAGCUCAAACCUCAGCAGGAAUACUCCCCUGGCACAUGGCUCACGGCUGAGAGGAGGCCGCAUUGCUUAAAAGGACCUUUAUUAGUUUCAUUGCAAAACUCUGGGGCUUAUGGGUUUUCUAAGUAUGCAGUUCACAGCUCCAGAUUUUCCAGUAAUAAGUAAGAAAUCCUCAAACUGCAGUUCAUGGGAAACAGCCAGUUCACAUUCAGAUAAGUGCACACAAUUUGGCUGAACUUUUCCUUCAUUAUGGAUGUUUAUUCUUGAGCCAGUGCGAGCACAGACUUCUAAUGUGGCUGUAAAGUUUGACUUUAAGUCAUCAUCACACAUCCAAAGCUAAAGCUCUGCUGUAGAAUUGUGGACUGUAGGGAUUUGAUCUGGACUGGACUGAUAUUUACAACUGUAAUAUUUGGUGUUGAAGGUCAGAUUCAUGAUCAAUACUUAGUGUCAUGUCUGGAUAUUUUACAGAAUUUCUUUCUCUAGUUCUACAAGAUAUUACUCGUUGGUUAAAGUUCAUGUUUUUUCCCCUGGUGGUCUGAUGACGUGUGUGUCGAGACAAACUCCAGCCGUUUCUCUGGAGCCUUGUAUACUCAGAGGAAUUAAAGAAAUGAAUAAAAACGUUGCUGCUGAUGAUUAAAUGAAUUGGUUCACCGGUAAAAUCUGAAAAUUCAAGUUAACCAUAUUUCCACUGUCUGCGUCACAUGACACUCAGACUUCCACAUCUCAUUUUUUAGCAGUCGUGCUCUCUGCCUGCCUGUCCAGACUUACUGAAGGCCCUGCACAUGGAUUUUCUGUUGUUUAAAUAAUAUAACGUGGACUUCCAAUGUUUUAGGAUUGACUUUCAUAACUUAUCAAACUUCAAAUGGGACCCUAAAUCUCAAACAUCCACGAGUGUUUGUGGCAUACGACAGCAAUUAUUUUUUAUUGGUGAUGUAAUGUGGAGCAGUGGUUUUAGGAAGAAGCAGACCUCUGUGUGGACUGAAACCAGUUUAGUUCUAGUCUGUCUGUUUGAGAAUUUUUGAAGGGAUAAUUUGAACCACAAGGACUAAAGCGCAGAUAAAAAUACCAAUAGAAGGAAGCUGCUGUUUUCCAAAUGACUAAUUUCAUUGAAAAUGGAAACUGAAAUUCAGACGGUUAAGCUGAUUUAAAGGCGGACAGAAAACUGUUAUGAUCGAGCACAAUUUAUUUAACUUAGCUCAAAAUGCCUCAAACCGGUUUACAUGGAGUUUAUUAAAUUUCCCUGAAGCUGUUUUUCACACACAAACAUGACGAGCACAUCGAAUGUUAAACAGCCGAAGAGUGUGAUUCAUUACUAACAUGGCAUAUCCUCUUGAAAAACAUGACUGCCCAUUAGUGUUUAAAGUUCACAGAUAAAUUAAAGUCCGCUAGGAUAGGUGGCCUGUUGCAAAGUGCUUAUUGGACAUAAAAAGAAAAUAUAAAAAUUAAGACUUAGAGAUUAAAGUCAUUAACUCACGAGAAUAAAGUCGUAAUAAAGUAAUUACUUGCAAGACUUAAGUCAUGAUAAAAUCAUUAGGAUACUUAUGAUAAUGUGGUGCUGAUGUGCCAAAAGAUUAAGUAACUCCUUGUUUGAGAAACCGAUAUUUAAGUACAUUUUCACUCCAUUGUAGUUAGCAAACAGUCAACACAACAAAAAACAAAAAAGCACAUACAUAAAACAUGAUCAGCCAUAAGAUAAACUAUAAAAACGUAAAAGUAUUACUGCGAGGCCUAGAUGAACAUUUUUAAUCUUUCACACAAUUACAUGUUGCAGUUAAUCUACUUUGAAUACCUCGUGCUCAAGGCACACACACAUUGUUUUCCUCACUGAAAGGACUGGACAUUUUUGUUCACACAGUGACUUGAAGGUCAGCAUAGCUUUUGAGAGUGGCACAUCGACCUGCUCCAUCACUUUAGGGUACAGGUUUUCAUAACAGUCAGUGCACAUACAUAACACAAUAUUGAUAAGACCCUCAUUAUUUCAAAGAUUACAGGGUCACAGCAUGUAAUAGUUUAGUCAACUCAUCCUGCACAUCCUUAUUGAUUUCCUGUAUGUUCUUGUACAAUCAUUUGUAUUAUUUUGCACAAAACAUAGUCUCCCAUGUAAGGUAGAUGUGUAAUUUGAGGUAUAGGAAUUAAAAAAUGUAAAUAUUUUGCAUACUUUAUUUUAUUAUACCAAGCUUAAAAUCUAUGAUAUGAGCUUGUGCUCUUCUUAUCCGUUGCUCUGUUGCACACUGUUUGCCUUCUGCAACAGACUCUGCCUUUCACCCAGGGGGGUUCAAGUCAUUUUUAGUCAAAUAAAAACAUGGUUCAAAGACCUCAGCACCGGUGACCUUGCAGUAAGUGGAAAUCAGACAGCCCAUGUUGACAGGUCAGUUGCGGGGCCUCUCGGUACGCUCUAAACAGUGUGGUCCAUGUGCAUUUGCUGACAGUUGAAGCAUCUUAAUCCUCAACUGUGUGUGCAUUAACAUCUGUGUCACAGAUAUGUGCUAAAGACGGGAAGUCACCCUGGAAAUUAUGCUUCAUGUCAUUCAUGUCAACCCUUUUAGCUGAGCCUCAGGGAAAAACACAACAUAUGCAAAUUUGUGAUAUCAUUUUGAAUGUCAUAGCUGUGCCUCUGCUGUCAUGUUUUACUCAUGUUUUAUGAAGCAGAAGAUCCGUUAAACACUGUUAAGAUUCACCUUGCACUUAAAAUACAUUCAAGUAUGUUUAAUUAAUGGUCUCACCUGUCGCAUUAUUAAAAAUUCUUGAAGGCAGUAUAAGUUAUUUAUUGGUGAUAAUUACUGUUAUGCUGUUUUAUAUAAUUAGUGAGAUUAUGUCUGUGCUUGAAUGACCUUUCCUAAGCAACUCAAUCAAGGUGAUUCUGUGUAGUUCACUCUCAGCUGCCUCCUACAUUAGCCAAUCAGAAAGGUGUAUUAUUAGCAGGCAAUGGGAGACACCUUGGGUGAUUAACCACAAUUUAGGAGCUUUAUUAGAAAGCCACUUACAAUUAGGAGCCUUAUACAGAUAGUGACCUUGUCUUAGUUCUCCACAACAGAGAAGGCACUGAUUGCUUGGAGUGUUGUUGUCAUGUGCCGUGUCUUUGCACUGGGCUCUUUCUGGAUUCUGCUGAUAAAUUACAGCCAUAGGGCUGAUUGCUGUGUUGUGUGCCUUGCUCUCAAUGAUAAUAGCACUGAGUGUACACAAGGUGCUCCUGAGGUCUGAGGGGCAAGAAUAGCUAUAGCUUUUUGCGUUGGCUUCAGUGUGCGCUCGUCCCUGUAGUAAAACUGAUAGAGUUAUUUGCACACCAUCAUGGAUGUUUGCGUCAAACAUGGUUGGAGUGUGCAUGUUGUUUUUGGAUCAGGCGUUCCUGCAAGGUUUUGGCAGGUUAAUGGCAUGCGUUUUAGCUUUCUGUGGUCAAGUCCUCUAUUUCUUACCAUGAGAAUUUUGCCAUUUGACUUGGAAGUAUGAAAUAAGACUUUAAAAUUAUAGGGCCGUGAGAAGCAAUCAUUAUUACUCAAUAACUUGUCAGUUAUUUUGUCAUAUAAGCAGUGAAUUAAUCAGAGCAUAAAAAGACAAAAUAGUGAAAGAAAAGACUGUGAUUUUCACAAGCCUGAAGGAGCAUCACUGUCAAAUAUCCUGGUUUGGCUGAAACUGAAAAAAAAUGAUUUUGCUGUCAUAAAAUGAGGCAAAUUGGAAAUAUUCACACUUAAGGAGCUAAACCAGUUAUUGUGUUUCUUAUAAAAGAUCUAAUAAUUAAUAUCCUUUCUUUUUUAACAUUUUAAUAAUAAUGCUGAUCAUUAUCCAAAUAUAUUGCAGUGAUACCUACAAAGUGUGAAGUACCUGAAGAAAUAAUUGAGUUACUUACAACUUUAAAGUGUUGCAAUGGCUUCCUCUUAAGUGCAGCAGACUUCAAAUUCACACUGUGAUUGUUAAACCUGUAUUUUUUGCCUUGUUCAGAAUACUUCCCACAUGGAUGCGAUUUGCAUCUCUGUACAUGGAGAUAGUGGUGAGGUGUAGUAUUCCUAUAACAGUUGUCACUGUGUCUGCAGUUGACUCAGUGUGUGUGAGAAUUACAGGCAUGAGCAAUCAGACUGAUGUCUGUGUUGAAAUGGCUGCUGGUGGCUCAGUGGGUGUUAGACUCACACUCAUUUAGAUUUCCAAGAGCACUGGGACUGUAACGAGACAUCAGCUUUUGAAAACUCCCAGCAGAUUAAUAGACAGGUGAUAUAUUGAUCUAACCCAGUGACGAUGUUCAAGAUUGAGUUCAUGUGAGUUACUUUAGGAACAGAAGCAACCAUGUCGUCUGCAAAGAGGCUUGUAUGCAUAAACAGAAACACUCCACCUGAGCCGCUCAGGUACGGUGGCCUGUUGGUUAAUCCUGUGUUAUUAUUCAUUUAUGAAAACCUUGUGUUUAAAAAAAAACUAUGUAUCUUUAGAAAGCUUUCAGACAUUUAUUUCUUUCAGCGUUGGGUAUUUUAGAGAAAGUCUGGUUUAAAAAUUGAUAACUCCAUCAGAAUGUACCUGCUGUCGCUUUUAAUAAAUAAUGAAGUGCCCUACUUCAUCUGACCUUACCUUUUACAUUUGUACAAGUCGAGGCAAUUUGCCGUCAAAUUAAUCAACCCAGAAAUGUGAAAUGUAUUAUUGCAGCUGAUGCUAAAUGAGGAAAAACAUAAAUUAUUAUUCAGAUUCUAAAUUAAAUCUAUGUUGUUUCAAAGGCUGAAAAUAUAACAUAGAGAUCACAUUGACAUUUCUCUCCUGCUGAAAGUGAUUGGAGGAUGCUCUUUAAAAGCUAAAAUGAACUCUGACAUUAUCUUGUGUUUUAUCCUCAACUGCAGUGAUUCAGAGGAUUACUGCAGAUGUUGGCAAGCUGUGACUGCCAGGGUAUGAUAUACCAUUAAUGCAACUGUAUGUGUAGUCAAACCACAGCUGACAAAAAGCUCUUAUUGAUGCUAAAUCCACAUUAAAUCAUGCAUUUUGACCCAGAAUCAUCAUAAUCCACAUAUCAAAUGACUGUAUCUGAAUGUUUGCAACCCUUUGUCCCUGACACUUUUGUGACCAUCCAUUAAGAUAUUAAGAAAUGUCUGCUGCAUUUGAUUGUUGCAUAACCAUCAGUAGUUUUUUAAGCUUGUGAUGAAAAUUAAAAUGCUGCAUUUGCACGGCUCCAUACUUUGUGUAUUAAAUCACUUACAUAACGAAGAAAUGGUGUGUUUUAAUUUGAGAGGACAACACAAUCGAAGCUAACCGGGGCUCUACGAGAUGUUUGCUGCCUCUUAGAGUGAGCACACACAAUGUUUCCAUCAAGGACAAAAGUGCUGUUCUUCAGCCUCACAACCAGAGCAGGGGUAUAAUUAGGAGCUAAAUGCUGCUUUAAGUCAGAAUGUGGUCUACAAGCAUUUCCAAAGGACAACCAGUCUUGUGGUUUGUGGUUUUUAUCAUCAAAUGCAAAUUGCACAGUUGAAGAGGAGUGGCACUGACUCAUAGAGUUUAGAAUAUCCAGGAACCUCAUCCGCUAAAACAUUCAUGUGGUGCAAUAUGUCAAAAGAAACAUAUUCCUGUUUUUUCCAGAUAGCAGACGGGCCAUUAAAAACAAGAUUCAGCAGAGUUAUAAUUUUCUAGACCCCACCCCCCCCCACCCCCACCCCUAUUUUGUGGGGCAAAAAACAUACAGGAAAGUCCAGAAACCCUUGGGAUCCAAAUUUGAAAAUAUGCCAACAACAAGGAAGUGAAUGUUAGCCUUCGGUGUAAAGAAUGGCAGCUGACCAAAACAAGUACAUAAAACAAACAUUGGACUGUAUGCCCAUAAUAGAGGCGCUUUACAGUGAGCAGAGUAAAUAUUAACUGUAUAUUAUUUAUCAUCCAUGUGAUGAAGUGUGAUCUGGAGAGGAAAGUCUCACUUAAUACGACCAUUUAGCUAAAAAAUUUCAUCCCUGGUGACUAGAUGAGCGUGCAAACAGAGACACUAUUGGAGGACUCUGAGGUGAUAAAAUUUAGAUGGUUUGUAUUUCCAGUCAAAUUAGUAAAAGAGAUGUUAUCAGAGGAUAAUGCCUGGAGGUACUGACUUUUAAAACUGUGUGUGUGUGUGUGUGUGUGUGUGUGUGUGUGUGUGUGUGUGUGUGUGUGUGUGUGUGUAGUUUUCCUACUCAAUCUUAUGUUAUUGAAUUUGUGAAAUUGACCCUGAAAUAAAAAGGAAAAAGUUUAUUGAAAAUCCUGAAACUGAUACAGUGAAAUAUGUCUCUAAAGUUAUGGAAAAAUAUCUUCAGGGAGAAAGGAUAUUAAAAUUGGAUUAGGAUUUUUAUGAUAACUAUUGAAGACUGCUUAUUUUGCAGUUUUUGGAUUUAAUGACAGUGAAAUUCGUCACUCUCUGUUGGUGAUAUAGUGAGAAGAAGCCAGCUGGGUCACUAAUGUUUAAUUACACAGGCUUUAAUACACAGGAUAUCUUUGAAUGGAUGACACAUAACUGAAAUUUGCCAGAUAGUAGUUACCAGGGGUGGGAGAAAAAAUCGAUACAGCAUCGUAUCGCGAUAUUUUGUCUGGUGAUAUAUUGUAUCACCUCAAGUAUUGAUUUUUUAAAUUAAUUGCUAAUAUGAAGUCAAGUCUAUGAUAAUGGAGAAACAAAAUCAACUGUUUGUCCAGUGAGGUUGGCAGAGGUAACAUUAUAGAGCAGGAGAAAGUUAGUCCAACAAAUGUUUAUAUAAGGUUUGCAAUAAGUGCUAUGUGAAAAUAAAAUACAACGUAAAUAAGACAAACAUAUAGAAAAGCCAAAUGCUGAAUUAGCUGAACAGUUGAAAAAAUUGUAUAAAUUGCAAUAUAUUGUAUUGCAAUGCUCACUGUAUUGCAAAAUAUUAAAAAUCGCAAUAAUAUCGAAUCGUGGCCCAAGUAUCGUGAGAAUAUCGUAUCGUGGAGCCACUAGUGAUUCCCACUCCUAGUAGUUACCCACAUGCCUCCACAGCAGGCUUAGAAGAGUAAGUCAUGAUACUAAAGGCAUCUACAAGAGCAAAUAAAACCUCAUACUAUAUUCUUAUUACAUUACAGGUGUAUGGUACAAUUUAGACUACUUGUGUUAUUAUUGGAUGCUCAUUCAAUGAACUACACCAACAUCGACCAUUGAACUUGUUUGCAAAAAUGGAGUAUUCAUCAAGCACUGGUUCAACAGUGUUGGUUUUGCCAGAUUCAAUCAAACAGAACGCUAGCGUCUGAUUUUAGUAUUGAGACAAAUGAAACGUCCACUCUGCGACAGUUCUCAAGUGAAUCACUUCUGCUCAUGAGAAUUUCUGCCAGUGGUUUCAAUCUGCGCUCUUUGUUCUCACCAAAGAUGGAGAUGGAGAGGCUGUCCAAAUACCAACUGUUGUUAUGGACAUCGGCCAGUUUCUGCCAUUGAAGUCAUUCCCUGGACUCUAAGUGGUCAUCUGGUGCUGAAACCAUUAAGCUUGCCUUUCAGCUUUCCAAUGAAUUCAUCUCUUAAUCCGACAACUUUCCCUUCUAGUGCCACCAUUAGGCUUAAACAGUCGGACCGCUGUGUUGAAGAAAAUGCCUCGAUCAAUCCGCACCAUCCAUCACUUUCAAUAGACUGUGGUUAAUUUUCCUGGAUGAGAUACUAGUUGCUGGUCUUUAACAGUGUAAUAUUGGUCACACUGUUAUUUGUGUGACUGAAGGACACUACCUUGAAUGACCACAGCUUGGCCCAUUCAGCUGCAUAUUCCUUGAAGUGAUUUAGAGUUUCUGUGUUGGAUAAUUCAUGUUGUGUUGGAGCCCACAAUCACAGUCUCACAGAAACCUUGUAAUUAAGCAACGGCACUGUGGAAAUUGUUAUUUAGCAUAACCGUUCCUCUGUCAUUGCUUUAUCUAUGUAUUCAUUAAUAAACGAGAAUUAAUUUUCUUUAAGAAAAUGUGGAAACUGCUGAUUAGGUUUUAGUCAUCACAGAGCCAUUCAUACAAGGAAAUAUGUCGAACCUUUAGGGCUUUCACUGUAACACAUUCAACCAAACAUAAUGGCAGAGCGUGAAGCAAUGGAUGAGGGUCAGCACCACUCAGUCUAAGGCCAUGCUGUUCCCUGCUGGAGAACGGUAGAUAACUUCCUUUAGUGACCGGUAAGUCUCAGCGGGAGGUCAAGUAUUUUGGGGUCUUGUUAUUUUAGUGAGAGUGAAAUGUAUUGAGAGGAAAGUAAAAGGUUUGGUGCAGGAUCAGGUGCAAUACAAGCUGUGUACUGUUGUGUUAAAGUAGAGGCUGAACCUGAAGGCGAAGCUGUCAGAUUGACUAUCUAUGCUCCGACAUUGUGGUCAUAAAGGGUAAUGGAAAUGUGCACGUUUGAUUGAACAUUGUCACCUUUGGUAGUCGGCCCUUGAAUUAAAAGUCGACUAGACUAAUUAAAAAUACAUUUUAUAUUAUUGUAGCGCAAAAUUCCAGUUACAUGUUAUGGAUUUAAUGCAGCCACCUUGGGUUGCAGCAGAAAUCAAUAGUUCCUGCCAUAGAGCUACAAUGUUCUAGACAAGCACAGAUGACUGAUGGUGGGCGUGGCGUAGAAAUAGACAAUAUUUUGAUCUAGAAGAUUGAGACAAAGUACCAACACUCAUCUUUUAAAUCUUUGGACCAGUUGGUGAGUACUGAGCAGUGACUGUGAGAAUACAGGUGCGUCUUUGGGCACUAGAUGAGAAUGAGGGACUUUCUUUUGAGGUUUUCCAGGCACAUCCAAUUGACUGAAGAUAGGGUUGGCUUGAUGGACUCAAAUCCCGUGUCUCUACAGGAGCUGGAAAACAGUGUUAGGAAAGGGUAGUUUAGGGUCAACCUGAUCAACUUGCAACCUAAGUUAGGGGAGGAAAAUGGACGGUUCAAUGAAUGGAUGGAUGAUUUUACAUCUGGUCUGAUCCACCAAGUUCUUGUUUGUACGAAGCCUCUUUUUUUCAUAAUCUGAGUGAUCACUUAUGAGAAAAUUCAUUGCUGACAUAUUAAAGAUAGUUACAUUGCAUGGAGCUUAGCUGAGUUGAGUUGAGCUGAGUUGUUGCAGCUCAUCUAGACUUCUUGGGUCCUCCAGUUUUUGGGGUGUUAAAGUCUACCCCACAACCUCCAGCAUUCGACUGUUAUUCACUGUAGGGUAUUUCAGGAAAUGACUUUGGUUAACCACAACUUUCUGUAGAAAAAAAAGAAAGAGAGAGAGUGCAAGGCAGUCCACAAUCAGGGCUGUUGGUAAUGUACCAGAAACCCAGUGUCUCUGUUUCAUGUAUGCACAAAUGUCUGUUCACAUUUUUAAUCUGUGUAUUUUUCCCCUGGUUGGUAAAUAUUCAGAAAUCAACCGACGGUGCUGAUAUUUUAUAACAGGGGAUAGAGUUACUAAAAUAAUUCAUUGACCAAAUGUUGAAAUAAGUCACGUCAGACCAAAAUUAAAAUGUUCCUUUCCUCCCAUACUAUAUAGUGUCAUUAUGUAGUCUCGGCGGUUUAACUCCUAUAUACAGUUCUCCCAAUAUUGGUCUUAUAUCCUUGCAGAGAGCUCCAGUUUAAUCCAUCCAGCCACAGUUUGCAGGAGACAAAUACAAACUUGUGGUUUAUUCAAGCAGAGUUUGUAUUCUAGGCAGCAGUGAUGAAAACACACAUAUUUAUACACUGUGUAUUUUUCUUAUUUUCAUUUUGGCACACACUCGAAAGCGUUAAACAAAAAGAUUACUGUGUUUUGAAUGAAAUGCUGUAAAUAAGAAUGUCCAUGUUUCUCCCUGUGAGAGUCGUGUUUACUUUGGAGGUUUGGACCCCGGCCAGUGGAGGAGGAAUAGUUUUCAGAAAUAAUCAGGGGGCACACUUAUUACCCAGGAUUCUCUUCGUUAAAUGGUAAAUGAUACUCGGCUGCGUCUAUGCGAGCAGGGAGUCGGCACAUGAAGGAAUUAUUUCCUCAAAACUCUGUUCCUCCUUUUAGUAAAACGUUUGAACGGGGCUCAAACUGAGCAGCAAAGGUUAGGAUGUUUGUUCUUAAUAUGUUUGCUUCACUUACAAAGUUUGAGGAAGUUAAAAGAAGAAAAAGCAAACUGUAACUCAUUUGCACUCUGUGAUUUAGAAGCUUAGUAAAGCGGCUGACAUUUCUUGCAUCUUGGAAAUGCUGUCCUGAAUAAAAAUGAGCCUCUUUGCAUCUAAAUACAUAAUAUCUAAAGAAAAAUACUUGCUUGUUCCAUUGAAGUCACUUUGCUGCAUUCAACAGUAAUGAUAUGAAUGCAUCUUCUUAGUCAUUUCCAUACAGGUGCAGUUUUUCUAGUUUUCUUCAGUUUGAGCUUCACCUGAAGUAACACCAGCCAGUCAUUCAGAUGAAAAUAGCGUUGAUGCCUCAGGAGCGUUCAGUGGAAUAUUCUAAAUUGGCGUAGUUGGUCGAGCAAACAGGUAGUAUCUAUCCUUGUUCGCCUGCGGUCCGAUGUUGUUCCAUCUGUGGUUGUUUGCUGUGCAAAGCCAUAAACGUCUUCAUUCUGUAACCUCAUUCAGCCUCAGACUGGACAUCCUUAUUUUAGGACUCAAACUAGUGAAAAUAUUGAGGUGGUAUGGUUUUGUGCGCAGCAGCAACGACAUGGCGGGUGGGUAUUUGCCGUCUGAGUUUGAGUGCACAAAACUGUGCAGACAAUGUGAGCGCGUCUGCACCAUCCAAGUCUCAACAUUCACACUUCAAAGUUUAGAAGUUGUGUUUAUGCCUUUAUAUUUGUUAGAAAUAUGUACUCCCUUUCUAAAACUAUACAUAAAGUAUAUUUUUCUCAGUGAGGGGCCUGACUUUUAAUACUUAACUAUCUUUGACGGAACAUUUGCUGUAGAUGCAGGACGAUAGGAUUUACAGGUACUUCAUUUUCUCUACAGGUGUCUUUCUUUGCCAUAAAAUCUUGAAUUUCAUCUUAUUCAUGUAUUGAAUUUGAAAAGGGAUUUACCCUGAAAAUUGUGGAAGUGUAACUAAAAGUCAACUACCUUCUCAUUUCGAUUUCUUCUUUUCCUCUGAAACACGACCAGGCGGCCUCUUCGUGAACAAAUCCCUCCCGCCUACGCUUUAUUUAAGAAGAAUUAAAUUUCUUUGCAUCCACAUGGGCGAUUCCUGUUUAGAGCAAACACACAACUGUGGCAAAUUGAGCAAACAUCUGUUUCUCAUUUGCGCUGUUUGCUCUGCAUCACUGAAGCAAAAAAACAAGACAGAGUUUUUUUUAGCCGUACCUUUAGGCAAGCUCCAUCAAUAGCAUACAUACGAGGUUGUUUCAUUGACGGUAAUCUGCGCUCUGAAAAUAAAAACAUCUCUCUUUGAUGAAGUAGAAAAUCCUGUCGAUUUGUGAGCUGAUCUGUGAGCUUUAAUUUUAGCACUCAGCCUGAAUGUCUGUGUGUUCGUUCCCUCUUUUCAUGUCAGACUCAGUUAAAAAUAACAGAGGUCAUUUUUACUACUGUCGCUUAUGUAAUUGGUCAGUAGUGAUCCACAAACAUGAGUCAAUCAGUGUGACCCAUUAGGGGGGAAAUGUUUCCUUGACUGGAAACUACACCUGAGGUCUCAGUCUGCUCUCAAUACAAUGUCCAAAAGUUUAAAAACUACACUGAGAGAGAAAAACGAGGUCUCUUUUAACCGCAUUUGCUUCAGGACAGGGCAAAGAUCAGUGCGAGGAGGGUGCACCGCUGUGCUUGGAAACACUGUUGUGGUCAAAGCAUGACCUAAUCUGACCCUCAAGAUAAAGAGCGGGUUGACUUACAUCCAAGACCACCCUGUUUCUUUCGCCUCGAGUCCGUUGUAGAGAGGGCUGUGGUGAAAAAAUUUGAGGAUCGGUUUGCUGGAGGAAACUGGAUUUAGAAGAUGCUGUCCACAGCACAAUGACCGGAGAUGGAGAAAAGUAAAAGAGUGGUCAGUGGGUUGUGAGGCACCCGGGAAACGGAAAUUGCCCUGAGAUUGAAAAAUGUUUCUGGUCAGGAGAGUUUAUGUACAGUAACUUUACUUUUGUUAGAUUCUGACAUGUAUGAGUUUCGAUUAAGCGCACAGGGGUCAACCAUUCCUGUCCCCUUUUUUUGGAGGGAACAGGACAGUGGAGCGGGAAACCGAGAGAGUGGUGGUGAGUGACAUGCAGGAAUUGAACCCAGGCUGCCCGCUUGAGGACUGUAGCCUCUGUUCACGGGGCACUCGGCCAAGCCACCAGGCCAAACAAUCGCUUGGAUUUUUCUUUUAUUUCUUGAGGACACUUGUAUAUUUGUCCUUGGGGGGAAUUUUCAGCGCUUUGUGAAGUGGAAUAAAUUAGACGGAUUGUUUGACACUAAAAAGCAGCACAUAAUGGUCUUAUGGCCAACUUUCCCACUGAAAUAUUUCAAAUUAAACAAACGCCGGGGAACAAGCAUAACAAGGACACACUUGACUUAUAUAAGCCCUUCUUCUGCGCCAGACAAAACAAAUAGAGCAAAGUUUUCGAUGAGGACACGAAAAGGUUAAGGUGCUCGGUCCUCGAUGAUCAGAAGCGUAGCCUUUCUUCGUUGGUGCGUGUCCUCCCCACAACCCUUUUCCUAUUUUUCCGUCUAUCUGCAGCUUCUCCUAAAAUAAAGGAAAAUGCCUAAAAGAAACGACUUAAAAAAAACAGACACACACACAACAGCGAUUGUUCAUGGCCAAAGCAUUUAUGAUAUUCCAGACUAGUACACAUAAAAAAAUGACAAUCAAGAUCCUUACAAUUUGCCUAAUCUGCUGCAAAAUUCAUAGAUGAUAUCAUACUUAUAUAUAAUAUAGUAUAUAUAUAUAUAUAUAGUAUAGCAGAUAUCUCUGUUAUUUAUUUGAUUUUUAUUUAGCCAGGUUAGUCCCAUUGUGAGCAGAGACCUCUUUUUUUUUCUAUUGUUAAUCUAACCAGUGUCAGGGGGUUGGAGUCAAACCGAGUGAUUUUACUGCACGCUGCUGGACGCUAAACCUCUUAAUUAAUGGCUGAUUAUUCAGAUGUUGAAGAGACUUUAGUCACAAAAUCAGCAAAGGUGGUUUUGUCCACACUGGCCCUGAAAAGAGCAAAUCCUCGAACAGGUAAAAUACGAAAAUACCUUGUGGUUUUGUCCUCUAGUAACCUGAUAAAACUUGCUUUUAGAAAACUUUUUCUUCAGAAUGUAGAGGGAGCACAAAAAUAUCACUUUAAAAACAUCCUGUUGUUUUUUUCAUCAGUUUGUACAGUCAAACACUUGCAUACACAUUUCCACCUUUAACCAUGAGCCAUUUUCUGUUUCCCCAGGUUUCCGCAGAUGACGUGCUGACCAAAGAGGAACAGAUUGGCCUUUUGUUCAGAGCGAAACGGAAGUGUGAGGGAAACAUCAAGUCCAAGCACAAAGUUCCUGGUGAGUAAAAGACAUCCAAAAAGUGCUGUUACCAUCUGAGUUUGUAAGGGUCAAUAACCGAGGCUGCUAGUUCUGUAGAUCUAUCUUAAUAAACUCAAUAUUAAACUCCAUAUAUUAAUCUGAUAACAGCUUAGGACCAAAGAGUGAGGGGAUCAUCAUUUAAUCUUGAGGAGGUUUUGAAUGAGAGGACCCUAAUCUAGCGAUCGAGCAAACUUAAGCCAGAUAAAAAAGUGAAGGUUUGCAGGAUUCGUCCUCAGAGAGCCAGGGGUAUCUGAACAAUAUGUCAUGUAACAAGGCUCACUGCUGCAGAACUGCUAACAUGUCCAAAAAUAGCUAGAGUGUGAGAAUCGCACAUUUUCUUUUUACCCUUUUUUAUGGGCAUCUAUAAUAUCUACUUGGCCCUUUUGGUUUUUUAGCUCGCUGAUUUCACUGGAAUAGGAUUUUUGUUAUUUGUCCGGAUAGAAGGAAAAAAGGGGUUAAGGUGAUGAUGAUGUUUGACAUGCCAAACAUGUGAGUAUUAGUGUUUUGAAUGGAUUACAGAUAAAAUCUAUAAGGCUGAUCACUGCUGUGUUUAGAGACACGGACAGCGAACAAAUUAUGUUCAAAAGUGGGAUUUUGGGAUUCUUAUUUAACCACAAGGUCCGGCUUUAUUUGUCUGGAUUAGGUUUCCAAUAGUGUGAUUUCUGUCUCCAGCUGCACUGUGUAAAGAUUUGUGUGAAGGGAGAGAGAGAGAAACAUUUAUCGCAGGCGAACGGUUCGUUUUGCCAGAAUGGGCUCAGCUAUUGUGGGAUUUCCCCCAUGAAUUCCAGCCAGAGGUUCAAUAGUAAUAAGAAAGUGAUCAAUCUCCUGGCGCUGUGCAGGAGGAAACCUUACAAACGCCGAUUUGAAAAUGUGUAAAAUGCAGGGGGUCGCCAAUCAGAUGUAGGAGGAGUGAAUAGCUGCAGUGACAGAGGAAACAUUAAUAUGCACUAACAGGAAAGAUAACCAGGAGCUGUGGUAGUGAGGCGUAAAUCAGCAGCCAGCCACGGUGAUCACAAGAAAGUGAAAGUGAAAGUAAGCACCCUGUCAGCCCUGAUUGAACCUGAUUGGUGACUUCUUUCAGUGUGAUUGUUGAUUACAAGAGCUUUAACUAAUCAGCUGAUUAUCGCGCACCCUUCACAGCCCCUCUCAGAUAGCUCACACUAACACUUUCUUAAAACAUGUCAGCAGAAAGUGGGGCCUUUUGUGCCUUUUAUGUGAAGCAACGUUAUAAAACGCUCCUUUGUUUCCUUUGUCCUCGCUGCGGCUCCCUGGGUAUGGGGUUGAAUGUGAAGCUGAUCUCCGGGUGAAUUUGUGUACUUAUGGAUGUUCAUUUUCCAGACGACCCCAGCAUCAACUAUAUUCCAUUGUGGUUUCUGUCUUUUCAGUUGAUUGUUCAGAGUCGGAUUUUGAAUUCCACAGCCAAACCAAUCGUAUUAUUUUCUCUUUAACCCCAGUGCCUUGCGGUCACAUUGGAUUUCUAGACCCUCCAAACGAUACCCCCUUGUAAAUGAAACACAUAAUUAAAAAAUGUUUACUUCCCGGCUAAGAACACAAAAGCUUUUGUCGAGCGUUACCGCUGGUUACAUUUGGUAUUUCCAAUUUUUCAUGGUUUGAAAAGCGUCCACAAAUCUGAAAUUACAUGUAAAAAAAUCUGACAGAGUCGCUGCUUUUGAGAACUUCAGGCGCCAAACAGCAGCUUGUCUGAGAUGUCAAGGGUUUAUAUAACAGUGCUGUGCGUUUCUUUUUUCUCCUUUUUUUUCUUUUCAAAGCUUAUUUAACAGGGUGCUAUCAGAGAUGCUAAUGCAGAGCAGCAGGUCAAACAUUACUCCCUCUCUCUCAGAUAAGAGUCUGCUGCUCCUCUGACCUCCAUGAAGCUUAAUCCAUCAUGACAUGUGGUGCAUGGUGUCACACUUCAGCCAGCACUUAGACACACAGUCACUUCGUCUUCUCAUUUACACUAGAAAUGGUCUUUGCUGCUUUUCCCGCAGAGGUCCACCUACAAAGAUCUCACAUGCUCAAAUAUUAAAACAACAUGUCUGCUUGGUUUAUCUGUUAAAAAAAAAAAGAAGAAAAAGUGUGCAAACUGGUAAAUUUAUGUAAUAAUUCUUUGCUGUGCUUGUAGUGCACCGCACCGCCUCUCUCUGGCACCGCUCUCCGCCUGUACAUCAGGGAGGGUAUUAGCGCUGAAUCUUGACUCUAACGAGCCCAUCAGGACCGUCUGACUGAUUCUCUGAGCUGCUGUUCGGAGGUUUUCUCAGCACACGAGAGCUGGCCUGCUUACCUGAUGAUGUGGACACACACCGUAUGAGGCUGAUUCUUAAUCACAUGGCUGUUUUGACCUCAUUCGAAAGGUUACACGCGUGUUCAUUCGUCUUAGAGUUUAUCAAGAUUCAUGGUGAACAUACUGGCUUAAUAAAGACAAAAACAACAGAUGCCUGAUUAAACACAUAUGUAGUCAUUUAUCCCACUUAAAUACGAGAUUUUCCGACUUAAUGGCAUUUAAAACGCUUUGAAUUCACUUAAUUUGAACCUGAUUUAAACCUCAGUGUUUGUUCCUGAUUAUGCAAAUUGGGGAUCAUUAAAAAAUCUGGGUCGUGGUUGCGUGUGAUGCUGAAUAAGAUUGAGGAGACUGUCGAGAUUUGAGAUAACGUCUGAGAAAACAUUUGUACACUCAGUCGACCCGUGAAAGUGUUUUCCUUGAAAUGAAUGUACCUUUUUUGUCUCUUUUAUUGUGGCUUGUGGUAAAAUACAAGAAUAAUCCGGCUUUAUGUGUUUUUUUUUUGUUGAAUUUGUCUUUUUAUCUGUAUUUGUCUUUCCUUACCUCCCCUAGAGUUUUGUUUUCUUUGCUUGCACUGUAAACUGGUGGUUUCUUGGUCUAUUACAGGAUAUGGCACCAGUAGAAAAAAAAAAAAAAAAACACUAGUGUGAAAUGUGGGAUCUGUGCUGAGUAAUGAAUUGAUCCUGCAAUUACAGGUUCACUUAGAGAAGAUUAAGCCCUGUGUGAACUCAAAACCUUGAUCUUGGUUGGAUUUCAACAUUUAAUCCCCUUGUUUUUAUUUCUCAUUUGUGCUUUAAAUACACAAAAGUCUCCGUUACGUGGCUGAAACAAGGUUUUCAUUGAGGGAGACACUGAGGUUUGCCUGGAGAGGACAGUGGAGGGAUGUGGGUUCAAUGCCCCAGACCUUGCAGUGUGAAAAUAGCUCAGCCUUCAAGUUUGUGGUCUGGGUAAAGAACAACAUCAGCAAUCAUUAUAAAAAGCUUGCAUGUAUCAUGAAAAAGUGCAAUAUGUGUUUUGACAUCUGCAGGUCAGAAUCAAAUGAGUUGGGGGGGAAAAAACCUUUUUUAAAAACCCCAUUGACAUCACUAAUACCAAAGUCCGUGCGUAGUCACGUUUAUAUUUAAAUGUGGUCAAGAAACGUACGGGAAAUUAUAUGUGUCUGUGUGUGUUCGCUGUUUAAUUUGAGCCUGUUAGUAGGUGGUCCUAUGGUAACAAAACCUAAAGCAAUUCUACUUUUACUCUCAGGAUGUGUGGUCAGUGUGAUUUUCAGAAACUAAACUCUGUGUUUUUUCUCCUCCAAAGAUCAGUGAGAAUCAGUCAACUCCGCUCAGUCUGCUCUUUAAUUUUGCGCUCCAAGUGACAGGCAAAUAAAAAAAAAAAAGCAUGUCGUCAUUGCUUCGCAUGUUUCUUUGCAAGUUUGAUUACAGGAAUGAGAAAAUAAUGGAUCUACUGCAAAGAGAGGAUAGUUUUAGUUUUAUCCUCAGCUACUUAUUAGUGGUCACAGUGGGGCAGAUGGUUUCAAUAAUACAACAUAAAAUGCCAAACCAUGAGGAGGCUUUUGCCAGGAAUCUGUGGGGAAACAGACUUUGCUCCCACUAUCAGAGGGCUGAGCUCCAGGGUUUAGCUGACAAUUAUGGGGCUCUAUUCUUGCAAAUGGCUUUUUUCCCCCUUCAGAUAUGCAGCUCUUUGUGUGAACUAAGAGAUGUAUUAUUAAACGUAAUUACUCAGUAUUAUACAGUCCUCACUAAAAAUAGAUGAAAAAUGUUUCAGCGAUCGUCAGAAGAAAAAACGCACCAACAGCAGUUUUGUACAAAGAAAGUAAAAAGAUGUUCUUGGAACAAUAGUGUACUUUUAAAAUGUAAUGUCCACCACAUAAUAAUCCAGCUGCACUGAUUUAUUUCUCUUUGUAGUUUAGAUGAAUGAUUUCUGUGUUUGAAGUGUUAUUACAGGACAGCGCACUACAAACCCACACACUAUUUUAUUAUUAUUUUUUUUAAAGUAGUUUGCACGUUAAAUCUUUUAAUUGCAAAAAGAUGUUAAACGAUACUUUAAAGGUUUUUUAAUUAUUGUUUUGUUACUUUUAUGUGUCUUCUGUUUUAUGUUGUAUUAUUUUUGCUUUUUUCAUUUCAUCGUUUUAUGGCCUCCUGAGUUUUAUAACUCUCCUGCACGUGUUUAAACUGUUUAUACUUUUUGUUUAAACUUUAUUUAUAUAUUUUUGCGUUAAAUAAAUAUUGUGUGUAUGCAAAUAAAUAAAGAAAAAAUAAGACCCUAGGGUCGUGAUCGCAAAGGGGCUCUUGAAAAUGAGGGCUUCCUAAUAAAAAAUGAAAAAAUUCACCAAAACUUAGUUUAAGAAUUGAUACACUUAUGAACUCCUGUAAAAAUGUUGAAAUUACGUACACAUUGAAAUAAAAAGUAAAGAUUUGUUUCUCUAUUUGAAGUUGAAUUUCUUUUUUCAGAAGUAAAGUCAGAGCCAAAAAUAAACCCAAAUGUUAUUGAAAAUAAAACAAAGUAGUCAAUAACUGAUUGUUUUCUAAGUUGAGGAAGAAGACAUAGUAUGAUAGAGGUAAUAUAUGACUCUUCAUCACAGCUCCUGUAUUUUUUUAAAGUGGGCUGCAAACAACACGACCAUGCACCCUAUGAAAUCCAUACAGUAACAAGCUUGGAUGAAAAACAGUAUGUAGUGAUCAACAGUGUGGGAACCUGCUGUGGGAACAAACAAGCCCUAAUGAGCCAAUGGAGAGCUUGUUUUCAGCCUGCUGUGAAUUUCAUGAAUACCAGUUCUAAUUAUAAAGCAAUAGCUAAGGAGGUUGUUCUUCAUGCUACCUAUGCAGUCCUUUACAAAAACAGCACAAAUUUGAAGUCAGACUCACUACGUAGUACCAUGCUGCCUUGCAGUGCUCAUUUCUGUGCAAUUUAACGUCCAUGUAUCCGGCCUGCUUUUUAAAGGACAACAGCAAACGCACCGCUCUCUGCUUUUGUACGCCUGUGGCUGUAUGAUGCUGCUAUCCAGUGGGUACUCUCUGUUUUAACAGUCACUUCUGCUUUUGUCUCCCCAGACGGUUUCUGCUCACCAGAAUGGGAUGGGAUUGUUUGCUGGCCUGAAGGAGCUCCGGGAAAACUCGUAUCUACAGCCUGUCCAGAGUAUAUUUACGAUUUCAACCACAAAGGUGAGACUGGCAAUGGAUAACUUCUCCUCUGAUGCUGAUUUUCACUCUUAGAAAAAACUGCCAAGCUUCUUGUGCGGCUGUAAUCUCUACCCUCAUCACUGAGCCCUCUUUUGAAAUGUAUGUAAUUAUGCAGAUUUAAUUAAGAAGGAAGCUGAGGGUGAGUAAGUGACUGUGUUGACAAACAACUUGCAGAAUCUGUAAUUAAAAAAAACACUUUUCCGGCGGUGUGUAGGACUGGCAUACCGUCGGUGUGACAACAACGGAACGUGGGAGCUGGCUGGGACCAACAAGACGUGGGCAAAUUAUAACGAGUGUGCAAAAUUCCUGUACCAUUACAAUCACAGCCAUGAAAAGGUGAGGAGAACAUAAUCACCAUUUACACGCUCAUUGCCACACUUACAGUGUCUUCCUCCACCGUAAUUACAAGCAACAGCAUUUGUGACUAGUCUCACUCCAUAUUACAGCCCUUCAGGCUUUUAUUACACCACUUUUACCCCACCAUUACAACACACAUUUUUAGACAUGCCUCCUCAGUACUGUACAGAAAGAGUGAGUGAACUUUAAUCAUAUUUAAUAAAACAUCCAGAUGAUGACAGCUGGAGGUAAUGACAGGAUGGCAAUGUGGUCACUUUGUGAUAAUUUGAGGCUGCAAUUAGGUAAAUGUCCACUCAGACACAAACUCAAAACAGGGUCUCGUUAGUUUUAAUUGCAAACUGUGAAACUUGCCAGGAAGUUUUCCACUCAGGGGACAUGUGUACCCACCAGUAAUGACAAAGCCCUAUAAGUUGGCUCACUGGAGUCUGGCGUUGACUUAUGUAAUGUUUGGUAAACUGCUCAGGUGUAACGCACCUACACAAACUUGUGUUUUCCACUUAUCUUGUUGAUUCCUUCAGGAAGCCUCUUCAAAUUUGGCACAAACUCUCAUGUCGCCUUAUACAAGAUACAAGAUACAAGAUGCUUUAUUGUCAUUGCACUUAUGCACAUCAAGAUUGCAUUUACAGAUGGGGAAGGAACACACAAGAGGGAGGGAGAGGAGGAGGUAAAAAAAGAGACUGCUCUCAUUAAUAGCGUAGUGAGUGUAGUGACAAAAAAACCCUCAGCAACAUGAGCACAUUACUGACACCACAUACACAGAGAUUCGGAGACAUGCUAUGGUUGUUGAGGGAGGGGGGUAGUGGAAUGGGUCAUCAGUGGGUUAUCAGAUUUUGUCAGGGUGAAUUCACUGUAAUCUCUUAGCGAACCGUACUCUUCUAGAGCUAAUGAAUCAAUUCACUCAUAAGGAUGCAGUUUAAUAGAAUUUCCAAAUAAGAUGAAUCAAUGGACAAUAACAUUUAUGCUAAUAACAAAUCAGAGACCAUCUUAUCCCAUAUAAACACUUUUCUGGCUGUUUCAUUUAAUUAUAUUAAUUUUCUUCAUAAAAUAUAACAACAACUCAUGAAGAUACUUUUUAUUAUUAUGGUAAAAAAUGUCCACUAACACCAUAGAAUGAGUUAAAUGUAAUUACCCAUGUAUUUGAUGCAUUGUUUCCUCCAUAAACAUCUGAAAAAGUCUUGUUUUGGUGGUAUGGACUCACUAAUUCCAGUUGUUAUACACAAUGAUAGACAGCACUAUUAUUCUGUAAAGCAGGUGUACCUGUUAUGACCACUCACAGCCACUGUGACAGGUGGGUUUAAGAUGGAAAGUGGUUUUCAAGUAUUUUUCAGCAAUUAAGGUGAUGAUUUGAUGCUGAUUUCAAGUAAUGAUAAUUAGUAAUGCAGCAAUCAUUAAACAGGCUAAGACAUGUGGUGUCACAGGGUGUUAUAUUUGAAGAUGAUCAGCCUAAAAAGAUUGUUAAAAUGCUAACAGUCAGAUAAGAUGUUCUAAUGAUCCUCAAAGCGGCCACUUCAAGAAAGUGACGGCAGAGAGAGGGAAAAAAACAGACUGCACAUUACCAGAGCCUCAUCCAGCUGACAGAGUCUACUGAGACGGAUGGCUGAAUAACCAUGAAUAACCACUAAUAAGCCAAAAGUCAAGCCAAACUCUCCAGGAUAUGUACUGUAAUUUAUCUUUUGUUAUUGCUGUUACUAAAUAAUUAUCCAUGGCCACACAGCCAGUAAGGUUAUGGUGCUAAUUUCAUAUCUUUCUUACCCAUUGCCGCCAUUUUCCCAUUGUGUUGUUUUAAUGAUGCCAUACAGUAUGUUGUACAGCGUGCUGGAGAAACCAGUGUAAUAAAAAAGGAGACUCGGGAGAAAAGUACCUCAUAAUGAGGGUCACGUGACUGUCAAUUAUUCUUCCAGGUCGCUGCUUUUGCCAAACAUCACACACUCUCCAAAUGAAAAUCUUCUGCUUAAAAAUAACUACAACGCCUGAAACCACAAACUUUUUUUUUUCACUGUCUACUAUUUAAACGUUAUAAUUAAGCUCAACCAUCUGUAACAUAAAUCAGCAUGAGAGAGUCAAACCUGGGAUCAUAAAUACCAACAGCACUGACAUCACCGUCACGCCAGCGCGCAUGUCGAGAAAAUUGUUUUGUGAAGCAAACACAGCGGCUUGUUACUCCCAUGUUCUUCCAUUAGACUGAAGAGGUGGAUGUGAUUCUGCAGUGCUUCUUUGUCUGAUUAUGUGAGCGUUAUAUGUCAUAACACUUGGAGUGAAUGGGACUACUGGGUAUUGUAAGAAGAGUGGAAACAGCUCAACCCUGGCUAUGGGGGAAAAAAACAACACUUACUCAGCUGUCUUUGUGUUUUUAUGAAUAAGUUUGUCUUGCAAUUUUGCAUUAUGCACAGAAAUGAUGCAUAGAAGAAUUUUUAUGGCGUAGUCUUGGAGGCAUUAUGUGGAUCUCAUAUACGUAACACUUACAGGGUGUCAUCAUAUGGAGUUUAUUGUUUUAAAAUAGGCUCUUCACGCUGCUGGCGUGGGACAGAAGAGAAAUCAGUCACCCAUUCACAAAAAUAAAAGAAAGGCUGUUGUAGUUGUCGUUUUACUAGAUUUUCUCAUGAAACAAUAAAGCAUCAGCUGUCACAGACACAUUUUCCUCUCCCCUGCCUGCAUGUGGAGCGAAGGAUGUGGGUAUAACCUCAUCAUGGCGCCCUUCAAUCUCUGUUCUAACAUCAGAUGUUUGUGUUGAUGGGCUUCAGAGAGAGCGGCUGCAGCAGUUAAUGACAAAUACAUAUGCACGAACGAAAGCCCCUCACAGAUCAACUGCCAUACCACGGACCACCACCACAUCUGAGACGCACACAGUUUUUCGGAGGGUUUGUUUUUUGGCUCGGGAUCCUGAUGCUAAGUGAUAACAGCAGUGGAGGAUCUUGUUACAUCACACAGGGCUGUUGGCCUCUUCGUGCUUGUUGACGCACAGAGAGGUCUGGUUAGUGGCUCUCCUUACACUGUCCUCUGGCUGCCAGCUCGCUGCUGGAAGAUCAAACUGCUCCACCCAGCCUUUCUCAGCUCCACCACCCGUGUCAAAUGUUGUUUCCAUCAGUUACUUCUCGGUGCUUGAGACAUUUGGGACGCCAAGAGGCAGCGCGUUUUGAAACUGACUGAUGUAACGUAUUUGGAGUGGACUUUGAUUUGAGGAAAAUACAUGCCAAUAAAACAUGAACACUUCCAUUUUUCUUGUAAGACACUUGGCCUAGAAGUAAAAUGUUCACUUGAAUUUGCACUUAUUUACGCUCAGCUACCACAAAAGACAACACUGUAAAUUAAACUUCAUUUAACAAAGUCUGGAUAUGUGCAAUAAAAAUAAACAAAUGUGUGUUUCUAAUUUACAAAAUCGAUUUUUUAAAAGAUGAUUAUUGAACUCUUUCUUUUUAAUUUGUUGGAUUUGCUGAAAUCCUCUUAACUUGUCAUUAGCAAUCAAUGAAACUGUUGGUUAUUAACGUUCACUUGAAUUUGCUCUUAUUUACUCUUAGCUACCACAAAAGAAGACUCUGUAAAUUAAACUUCAUUUAACAAAGUUUGGAUAUGUGCAACAAAAAUAAACAAAUGUGUGUUUUUAAUUUCCAAAAUCUAUUUUUCAAAAGAUGAAUAUUGAAUUUUUUAUUAUUUUUUUUUAUUUGUUGGAUUUGCUGAAAUCCUCUUAACUAUUAGCAAUCAAUGUAACUGUUGGUUAUUAACGGUCCACACUUCAGACUAAUGUCCACAACUUUUUACUCCUCUUAGAAGAUUUAUGCCGUACAACGUGAAAAAUAAAAAGUAAAACACAUGACAAUAAAACCUUAUUAAUAAAGAACUGACAAAACAAAAACAACAUCAUACUGCAACAAAUUUAAGUUGAACAAUGUAGGGCUGGGCGAUAUAGGAAAACGUUUAUCACGAUAUAUUUUUUUCAUAUCAGUCAAUAUCGAUGUAUAUAUCACAAUAUAAAAAAUGAAAUUUAAUAGUGUUUAUUGGUAGCAUGUCUUUUGCAGUAUAAUAAGCUACUGCAUCUGUGAGGUUUGAGGUUUUUCCCAACUUUGUGAGAACAUGUACUCAACAUAAUUUGCAGUGCACAUUACUCUGCUUCAUGUCCGACCUUAAAAAAACCAAAAUACCUCCACACCACCAACGUUUUAGUGUCAGUGUUCUCAACAAUGUCGUCAUCUGUUGAGCCUUCAUCUGCAUUUCUGCCGGGGGUGGCACUCAUUUUCCUUUUUUAUCUCACUGACAGUGCUGUCGACUUCACAUUUUAAAGUGCUAUUGUUGUGUGUAGCGGCAGCCUGCUACUACACAGUUGUUUGCUUCUUGGUUCUAAUUCAGCACAUGAUUGGUUCAGCGUGGCGCGGACCCAGAGCAACUCCCCUUUUCAUUGGCUAUUCGUAUAUUCUACCAAAACAUGGCAGAAUGCAGACUAUCAAAAAGGAUAUUGACCAUGUUUCAUAUUGAGGGAAAUUUAUUAAUUGAUAAAAUUAAUUUUCGAUAUAUAUUGUUAUCGUUUUAUUGCCCAGCCCUAGAACAACGUUAAAAUAAAUAAAAUUACAGCGUUCAUCUUGAUAACGAACAGAAAAAAAAAAAUGACCAGGAUCGUAUAGACCACAGAUAUGAAUACGUAGAUACAACAUGCCGCUUUGAUCUCUGUGUCUACGAUGAGGCUAAGCUCGUGGGAGCAUCGUUCCUAAUAAAGGCAAUACAUGUACAUUGAAAAUGAAUCAUAAAUUGCUAAUUUUCAUGCGGUUUACUUUAUUUACAUUGCCAAAACAGGCACUAUGCAUACAGAUCAUUUGGUUAAAAAACAAAAAAUGUUUAAUAAACUGCAGUAAGAGAAAAGCUUUGAUGUUCAUUUGACUUUCCUGCUGAGAUUCUAACAAAUGAUCCUUUUCCAACAGGAGGUCUUUCACCGUCUGUAUCUCAUCUACACGGUGGGCUACUCCAUCUCUCUGGGAUCACUCAUGGUGGCUGUGGUCAUCUUAGGAUAUUUCCGGUGAGUCACCGCUCUCACUGCAGUUUUUUCCAGUAAUUCCUUUCAUUCUCAGUCGCUCCCGAGAAACAGAUUUGCAGAAACAGGGUCAGAAAUGAAGGUUAGAGCGAUGGCAGGAAGGAUUAGGACAGGGAGUGUAAAUGUUUAAUGGCAUGAUGGUACAGCUUCUGAUCAUGAUGUUGUUGCAUUCAUGCAGCGCAGCGGGGGGCAUAUUAGUUUCAGGUUGACUUGAUAGGGAGGGAAAAAAAAGAGCUUUUAACAUGAAAUCAUGCAGUCAGCCACAGUUGAGCAUGCAAUUCAGUGUACAACUAAUCAAGACAAAACAUAAAGCAUGCAACGUAUGAAACACUACCUUUGGCUUUUAUGUUGACUUUUAAAAGACCAUGAUAUGUCUGCGUAUGAAGAGGAGUCUGCCUCCAGGCUCGCAUGAAUGCACGCUCCAUUGUCUGACAUUUAGGCUUCUCUGUUAUUUUCAUGCUGCUGAUUUGUGGUUUUGUAACAAAGCUCUGAUGAGGAUUUUGAUCCUACCAAGCGUAAAAAGCUGCAUUUACAUCGAGCCUUGGAAGAUUUUGAAGUCAAUAUUGCACAGUUGUAAACAUUGCUGGGUGUUUUUCUGUUUUGUUCUGUUUAGAUGUAUUUUGUGAAGUAUAUUGUGUUGAAUGGGUCUGCCCUCAAACAAGGUUGAAUUCAUAUUCCUUUGCUAGCUGAUUAAUUCAGGGCAGAUUUGUCACUAUUUGCUUAUUUUGUUUAGCACGGAGGGUAUCAGGAAUCAAUGUGAAGGGUGUGUUUACCGAUGGUCCUACCAGCAUGACUUACCAUACAGGCCAGCAGUCAGACGGCUUUAGGAACGCUUUCCAACUGGCACCAGGAAAUCUGCGGGCCAAAUGAGUUUAAUAAGUUAUCCCAGGGGCCCAUCUGACAUUCUGGCCCGUGCUCCGGAGCGCUCCGUGUCUCCCCGUCAACAUGUCAGUAUUUAGACAGGAGAGCUUGUAAAUGUUUUCCAGGGAGAGAAAAAGGAUAUUUCACAUUAGCAGUUGUGUUCAGUGUUUUUCACCAGGGAAAUGUUGGCUAGAUUAGUUUUACCACCCACUCCUAAAUCAAUACUUUUAAAAGGGUAGUCUGACAGAUAGUCAGCUCAUUAAAGAGGCCGUAGAGAAAGAAAUGAUUGAUUAUGCAUAACUUCAAUACUCAGGCUGCUGCAGUUUUUCAAACAGUCAUAAAUAUUUUUGGAAAAAUCGUCUUUUUUUUUUUUUUCUUUCUCGACCUCAUGAUGAUGUCACCUUUUACGGCCAUCGAUUGAUUGAUUGAUUGAAUUCAGUCCUGCAGCAUGACCUCAAAGUCUCGCUCCUCAGUAAACCUUCAGACAGGAUGUUUUGGAAGAACUUUUGACAGAUAAACUCGCGCUUGUCUGGAAGGGGAGAUUUGCAUGCUUUUUCUCGACACAUGCUUGCAAUUUUGUUUUUACAGCUCACUUUGAGGCAAGCAAUUCAAUAUUUGUGCGUUUCAAGCCCCUAAAUCUCAAAGAAUGUGUUAUAGUCAGCGUGGAACUCAGCUGGCUCUAAUUAAGAUGAGUAUUGUUUAUGUGUGUGUGAAAAGACUCACAUGUUGCUAAAGGUGCGCCAGCUCACGCAUAUUUACACGCACACUCAACAAACACACAGAAGCAGUUUUCAGCACAUCUAUCGAUUGACGCUCCGGUUUGUUUUCUCCCCAGGCGGCUGCACUGCACCAGGAACUACAUCCACAUGCACCUUUUUGUGUCCUACAUGCUGAGAGCUGUCAGCAUUUUUGUGAAGGAUAUCGUGCUCUACUCCGGCUCAGCCUUAGAAAAUAUGGAAAGAGUCACAGUGGAAGACCUCAAGUCCAUCACCGAGGCUCCUCCAGCCAACAAAACACAGUUUGUGAGUACACCGGCUCAGCUGAAACAAACAACAUUGACUUGAACACAGUGACCCUGAACAUCUAUAAAGGAAAAAGAAACAAUAACAAGACAAGGUUAUAUGUUGUAGUAUAGAGAGGAAAAAAGACUUUUCCUUCCUCUUCUUCGAUGGCAUUGCAUGUGCAGAUAAUUUGAUUUGUAGCUUAGUCCAGCGCUAAAUGUUUUGCUUGCAAAAAGGAAGUGUUAUUUCGCUAAGUCUCACCUGCCUUUUCCAGCGCUGGAGCAAAUAAACUGAACUGUUUGUCAGCAUGCCAAACUUUUACUGAGCCAGGACUUGGCUUUCCCUUUCAGAGUCAAGUUUAAAAACUGGGUAAAGACUGGGAACUUUUCAUGCACGCUUUAAUAUGCAAACAAAUAAUUUGCGCAAUAUAUUUAGUCGACACUUUUAUCCCGGGACUCUGCGUAAUGAGUUUAUGAGUUUAAAUGGUAGGUAUACUGGAUGUGACUCAGGGGGACAUUGUGUUUUGCAGACUUAUAAUCGUAGAAAAAAACUUGGCAAUCUAAUAAUCAUUAAAGAGAGAGCUUUUUAUACCCUUUUUGCGUCAAACUCUUAGACCUUUGUAGUGAUAUAAGUGAAAAUGUACGCUUUUUGUUAAUCUCGAUUAAAUUGAACUCAUCUAACAAAGCCCAGAGUUCUAUGUCUGCAGUGUUUGGUACUUCCCUCUCAAGUGGCACUCUUCAUUGGUGGACUAUUUGAACUCGUAUUCAUCAUAAUUUGAUUAGCCUGUUUAAUUCAAACUCUUUUCAAGUCUAGUUUCUAGUUUGGUCUUUUGUAUCUGAUAUAUAAAAAAAAAAACAGAUAAAAGUUUUAAAAAGAAGAAAAUGUUCAGAUCAAAUCCUCGCUGUCAUCAGGAAAAACUUGGAUGAAUACAAACUGGUCAGAAAUAACAAGAGGAGAAGGAUCAGCACAGAGGGAGGAGUUGUCUCCUCAUGAUCAUGUAAGACCAUACAGCUUCUACAGCUGAAGCUACAUUGCAGUGGGGAGGUCGACUAAAUCAAUAGUGGAUUUAAUCAGGUUGGGAUUCUGGGAUUUUUCCACAAGACGAAUACUACUGCCUGUUGUUUCUACUCAUAACAAGAUAAAUUCCCUACAGUUGUAAAAGGUCCAGCUGUAAGAUACUCAUCUUAAACCUGAGGCUCAGUAAUUAAUUGGUUAAUUGAUUUAGAAUAAUUAAAUCAAUAACUUGUGUUUUCAGUCUCCUUAUUUUCUAUGAAAAAAAAAACAAGCCAGCAGAUCCCAGGGGAAAUUCACUGGGUCCACAGAGCAAUUAAAAAUAUAAGUUUUACACAAAAGCUGCCGCUGACGUCCUCUGUUUUCUGUACAUCCCUGCUCUGACAGUUAAAGACGUGUAUACUAUAAAUCAUAGUAUUGAACAAAAUGUUCAAUUACCUUCAGCCUCACCAUAGAUGUAGAGGAUUAGCACAGGAAGCAGAAAAAUCUCUGACGUCCACAAGUGUUGAUAGUGACAUGCUAAGAAUGAGAAAUAUUGGAGUGUGUGUUUUAUUAGAAGGUGUGAAGAACGAAGGCUGCAAAGACAGCCAAGACAAGAUCUAUAUUUUACAUCAAGUGGCUUCCUUCAUUGAAUAAUCGACCUUGUGAGACGUCGCUGCCCUAUUCAAAUAUUGUCUUUCUGUUGAGUUUGUGUACAGGAUAGAAUACACCCACGAUUCAGAGAGCUAGUUGAGAUUAGUUAGGUGUAGAAGGGAGAUAGCAUGAAAGAACAGUGUGUUAUCUUUGCAGGGACUGAAAGGUCAGUGCAUCCGGCAGAGUAAUGGACAGUUGCAGAAAGCACUCAGGCUGAAAAGCUUGGAGAUGUUUUUAAAACAACAAGAAAAUCUUGUGAUAAAAUAAUACAGUUUUCCCCCAAACCUAUUUUCCUUUUGAACCGUGAACCUCAAGGAUCCCAGCCUGCGGUAAUUUAGUUUGUAGUCAUCCGUUUUUGGUUCCCCUUUGCCAGCACACCCCGUGUCUCGUCUAAAGUGCACAACUCUUGCUUUAAAAAUAGGCCAUUGGAAUAUCGCUUUCUGCAGCGAAAGAGUUGUUGUUGCGGAAAGAGAUUUAAGAUCAGUGAAAAAAACAAGGGUGCUGACAGGAAUUGGUGCAAACAAUCUCUUCUCGUAUGCCCGGUUGCAAACAAAUGUAACGAGUCAGUCCAAAUUAAUUGUGCAUAUCUCAAGCAUUAGACAAUGGCAAACACUGAUACAUCAGUGCGAGUGCUACCUUUCAUCCACCUCGCCCACAUUUUAAUACAUAAUGAAUUUGGUAAAAGGCAGUGGCAACAACAAACAAGCUUCAGUCAGUGAUUUGAAAACAAUAAGCCUCGAAGUAAAGCUCUGUAUGUUUGCAUGUUCUCAAAUUUUCUGCCAUUAUUCAAGUCAAUGCGUACAUAUAAUUAAUUUAUGUAUUAAAAAAACUGGGCAUCAAUUAAGUAGCAAAAGUAGCACUGGAUGCAUUUUUACAUUUCAUCAGAGACUCAGAAAUGUAAUUAUCAGAUUCCAGUAACUGUCAUUUAAAAGAAAUACAUUAAUAAUAUGAUUCUCAUAAAUACAUAGAAUAAUAGCCUAAAACUAAAAGUUAAUUGUCUAAUUAUAAAUUCAUUGAAAUUUAGUGAAAAAAACAGCAGCAUAGACAGUUAUAGUAGUCCGGUGGAAGUGAAACAUGCAGAUUAAAUGUUGAAUCACUCAGCAGCCAGAGGGAAAUAAAAGAGAAAUUUGAUGCUCUGAAACAAACGCACAAAUCUGAAAGUUUCACUGAUGUGAUUGUCAGUCUGCGUCUGUUUUUGGACUUCUGAGCAGAGAAAUAGAGAAGUAUCCCCUACAGAAUAUGUCAGAGUGCUGAAUAAAUACUCAUAUGUUAAACCAUGUUCACUCACAGCUGUAAAAUUAUGCGUCAGUGUAUCAUGUAGUGUCAGAAAACUGUGUCCUGAUUAUCAGUUAAACAUGCUCUCCUUGUCUUUUCUUUCAGAUUGGCUGCAAGGUGGUUGUAACCUUGUUCAUGUACUUCCUGGCGACCAAUUACUACUGGAUCCUCGUGGAGGGGCUGUACCUGCACAGCCUCAUCUUCAUGACCUUCUUCUCAGACAGAAAGUAUCUGUGGGGAUUUACUCUGAUUGGAUGGGGUGAGUUCUGCCUCGUUUUUAGAAGUUACAUCUGCAGGCUUGUGAUCACACUGUGGUCGUAGUAAUGAAUAGUAAGCAGGUGGAUAUUUGGAUUAGGAUCGCCACACUGCUUUGUGUGCAGUCUUGUCUCCCCACUGAAGUGACUCCAAUCAACAUAAGCACCUGCUCACUUUAAUAUUCAUUACUUUAUGUUUGACCAAUCAGAAUCAAGUUUGUGACACAGCUCAGUCAUAAAACUUUUAUCCAAUAAAUGCGUCAUGAAUUGUACUCGAAGUUUUGACAGUCAAAUUAAAAAUCAGAACUGCUGUCAAAUUUCUCGCUGUUUCUAUUUGGAUAAGUAGACGAGACAAAAAUAAUGUUAUUGCAUGAAAAUGGGCUGUACAGCUCCUGCAUUGUACACACUGUGCGUAUUAGUGACAUAAGCACAGCGCAUACAAUGUGGAUGCUGUGCUCCCCAGGUUCUCCCCAUAUAAACGUUUUAGAAAGCCAUCAUUUAGAGUAUUUUACUGCGGGAUGUUUCAUCACAAGAAAGUUUGUGUUUCUGAUUUUCUCUUUCAGGGGUUCCAGCGAUGUUCGUGACAGUUUGGGCGACAGUACGAGCCACGUUCGCAGACACAGAGUAAGUGAUCUGCAUGAAAUGUAUCUACGUCAUUCUGUAUAAAGUUUUGAUAACUUCAAACUUGGAUCAUGAGUUCCUCAGAGCCCUGAAGGGAGUGUAAACUGAGUCAUGAUGAAGUACAUUUUAUGUCAGAGUUUUUUUUUCUUUAGCAAAAUAAGAAUCUUUCAGAGUAGCACUUCUAAUAGGUCAACAUUUCAAAGGUUCGUUUUGUGAAAUUCAACAAUAAUGAUACCUAAGAAUCAUCACAUUUCUGCUUAGGAAACACAACUCCAGCUUCUCAAGGAAAAAGUUGAGGCUACAAGAGCUUAACCUGUAUAUGCCGUCUCACUCCAAAUGUGCAGAACCCCUCAAGAAAAAAACCUGGCUCUCACCCACAUGGCGGGUCUUAAAGCCCCUCUGUGCACUAUCUGCAGCGUCCACAUUGUUCCUAUAUCCCUGUUGAACACGGAGGACUUUAGAUCUGAGAGCUUAGGACUAAGCUGGUAUCUAGGAGUUGCCCGAAGGCACUAAACCUCAUAAUUCACUUUUUCAGUCAGGUCAAGAGCAGCCGCAGUUCUUCUGCUUCCCUCUCCCUUCCUCGGGCUCUUUUUUGUGAAAGAAAAGAAACAGAGUGUAGAGGGUCUGUCUGUCUGUCAGGGAGUGUCUGUGUCAUAUAAAAGGCACAGACACACUAACCCCUGAUUUUUCUCUGAGCUGUUUAUUCUGCAAACACAAGAAAAAAGCAACUGUUGCUAUAGCUGUGGAGAAGUAAAGGACUCACAAGGUUUCUCCAGGACUCCUGGACAUAUAUCCUCUCAGUGUGUCACAUCAAAACACCAAAACAAAGAGGAAGGACACUUUUAGCAUUCAAAACAUGACCAUGUUGAUGUUGAAAAUGAAUGACUCUCACUGUUCUACCCCUCUCUGGUUAUUUUGUUCACAUUAGAUAGGAUAGAUGAGGAGGGACAGGAAAUGUGGGAUGCAGAGAGCGGGGGAAGACGAGCAGCAAAGGUUGCGGGCAGCAGUCGAGCCAGUGAUUAUGACUGUAGCCUCUGUGUAUGUGGUGGGGACCGAAACCACUAAGCCAAAUUGCAGUGGAAAAAAAAGGUUCCUGUAGUACUGAAAAGAUGAAGCAUUCGGUGUCUUUAUUUUCACACAUGCUCUCGUUUGGUUUGUAACAUCAAAAUUAAAACAUUCAAGCGUAUAAAGAGCUAAACCGCCCUACUGUGAUACAUGUACCUUUUUAACACUUUAAUGCUUGACACCAAAAAUUAUGGCCCGAAAAUUAAGAAAUUUUUGGAGCUGCAAUGUUUAUUUUACUUACUUAAAAAUCAAAAUGUCCUUAAAAUUUAACAAAUAUAUUUAUUCAUCUGGUUUGAUGCAUCAGAUGUUUUUGAAGACUUAUAAACUACAAGAGGACAUUUUUAUCAUUUAUCGGACUGUAUUCAGGUGUUUUUUAGUAAUUUGUUGAUGAUAUUGAUUUGAUAGAAGUAUAUAAAAGUAUGUAUCAAAAAUGAUACAAAGGCAAUAAGGGGAUAAACUUCUCUGCAAGUAGAUAUAUUUAUGAAGACACAUUUUUUUCUACACAUUUGCUUCUUGUCACUCAAGCGUUAGUCAAAGACUGUAGCUAAUGACAGUCUUUUAAAACCACCUACAUAAAGACAUAUAUUUUCUUACCUUGGCUGUCAUUAUUCGAAAUGUCUGGGACCUGCAAACGUCUUUUGAGUGAAUCCUGGGGUAUUCAAAUUAUCUGUGAACAGAAAGGUCAGAAAAUAAAAGAAAAUAGAAAAUGUUCAAUCAACUGAAAUUGUUUCUCAAAGUUUAUGUCAGGCUCUUGAUAAAUUGAAGGUAAGAGAUGAUUGUGUUCUAUAAAUGACCUCUCUAACCUUCUCAGAUCAAGGAUUACCAGUGUACUUGAACAAUUUCACCUCGCAGCUUGGUUCUGACUUAUCUCCCACUGAUCUACUUUGUUGUUGCUGAUCCCUGCAGGUGUUGGGACUUAAGUGCUGGCAAUCUGAAAUGGAUUUAUCAAGUACCUAUCUUGGUGGCCGUUGUGGUGAGUACACUCUCUGCGUUUGUGUCUGUAUCCUGCUGCACCUGUGACGGUGCAGCUGUCGGGUAAGACCCCCUAUUACGGUGACUGUAACACAUCAUUAUGUUUCUAUUUUUAUGGCAGGUGAAUUUUGUGCUAUUUCUGAACAUAAUCAGAGUGUUGGCAACGAAACUACGAGAAACUAAUGCUGGAAGGUGUGACACAAGACAACAGUACAGGUACAGAAACGUUUAUCCACUCAAUGAGAUGUGAUAAAUGAGGCUGGUUUGACAGUUUGGCAAAAGUCAAUAUUGAUAAAUGUAACCGUUGUGUCACUGUUACAGAAAACUGUUAAAGUCCACUUUGGUGCUGAUGCCGCUCUUUGGCGUCCACUACAUCAUAUUCAACGCCAUGCCGUACACAGAGGUGUCCGGGGUGCCCUGGCUGAUACAGAUGCACUAUGAGAUGCUGUUUAACUCCUUCCAGGUAAAGCCUUAUAAAUGAGCCCUGAGAGGUUUUAUUAUUCCUUUUGAAGUUGAAUUAAUCCAUGAAAUAGGUGUGAAUAAUUCAGAUAUUAAAGAUUGUGCUACAACCUAAUUCUUAAAAGUAAGAAUGCUGUUUGAAAUGUUUUGGUGGUUUGAAAUACUUUAAACCUAAUUUAGUUGAAUCAAAAAUUGUGCAAAGACAACAUAUAAAAUGUUAAAACUGAAAUAUAUAUUUGUUUUCUGAAAUUUAUAUGCAUUUUAAGUUGGACGUGUGAAAAAAGUUUGUAGAGAAAUAAGACACUGAAAGACGUGUAAUGCAAACAUAAACACUUGCGGGGAACAUCUUCAGACUAGGUUGAAUUUUCACCUGGGAACUAGCAUGACUGGGUGUUUAAAAAUGUAUAGUCUCUGUGGUAUGUACCGUCCGUUAUAAAAGCUUAAUGACUUUAAAAUUAUCACUGCACAAUAUCAUUAAAAGACACAAAUUAUCUGGAGAGAUGUCUGUGCAUAAGGCAGAAAAAAACAAUGUACCGCAUUAAAAACAGACAUGACUCUGCAGUAGCAUUCACAUCACGGGCACAAUCCUCUACUGAGUUCACCGAAGCAGAUUAAAAUUGUCCCAGUGUCAGUGGAAACUCUACGCUUGCUUAUUUGAGAUGCACUGAGGUGAAGUAGACAAAUUGCCUGCUGUCUGACCAAUGAAAAAUUCACUUUUCUUUUCGGUAAUAAUGGACAUGGGAUCCUCCAAGGGACCACCCAGCUAAACUAGCGUCACGCUUGGUAUGGGCGUGCAUAAGUGCCCAAGACGUGGCACCAUUAUGACUGGACUAUACAGGUUUAAGAGCGACAUUCAUCGGCAACAUCCAGACAGUGCAAGUCCUUAAAAAUGUCAGCAGAGUAAAGCCGAAUUACAUUUGUACACAUUUCAGCAGCAGAAGAAUGCAGGCGUUAGAUUGGCCUGUAUGCGGUCCCAUUUUGUCACCCAUUAGAGACAUUUUGUGUAUUUAAAGGAGACCCCAAAUUGUAGAGCUGCUGAAACCCUGACUUAAGCGAGAAUUGGACAAUUACUGGCAUAACAUUUCAAAUGAGCAUACUGUGUGUCUAUUAAACAACAAAAUUUUUCAGUUUUAACAUUUUCUAUGUUGUUUUUGCACUAUUUUUAACUCAGUAUACAGUCCAAAUGAUUUCUAAAACAAAAAAUUCUGCUUUUCUUAAAGUAAGUUUGUUUUUUAAAUAUGAAGUAAAAAGAAAAAAGUCUCUUUUUUUGUCCAUUUUGAAGUUAGAUGCCCUUCAGAAUCAUGUUGUUAAUUGUUCUCUUCUCUUUCCCAGGGAUUCCUGGUGGCGAUCAUAUACUGCUUUUGCAAUGGAGAGGUAAGAUCUCAGAUAUAUUUUGGACUGCAGUGAUCUAGAAUGAAAUGUGAAGCUCUAAUUUGUCUAAAUAUUUUUUUUUUCCCAUUAAGGUGCAAGCUGAGAUCAAAAAGUCUUGGAGCAGGAGGACUCUGGCUCUGGACUUCAAAAGAAAAGCUCGGAGUGGCAGUAACACGUACAGUUACGGACCAAUGGUGUCUCACACCAGUGUUACUAAUGUCACUGCCAGAGGCCCGCUGGCCCUCCACCUCACCACCAGGCUGGGCCCCGUGCCUGUGAACGGACACAGGAACCUCCCCGGUUAUGUAAAGAACGGCUCAGUGUCUGAAAACUCUAUACCUUCAUCAGGACAAGAGCUCCAGCUCCCCGAUGAGGAGCACUCUGCAGCCACACGGCCCUGCGAGGACGAGAAACCUUCCCCCGUGGUGGAGGAGGAGAGGGAGACAGUCAUGUGACCUCCAGGCUGCCUGGGGUGAAAACUGGGAAAAAGCUAAACAAUGAAACUGUCUGAAAUGCCAAGCUGCAUUCAUCAACACUGCCAGUUUUUCCUCCUGUGAAGCGAGCCCGAGCAUCCAUGAAUGACGAGGCUCGUGGCAAAAGGGUGUACACUUUUGUGAGCCAGGCUGCCUUUAACCGAGACAGGGUGACCUUCAGUUUGGUGGCAAAUUCUCUCAACUCUUUCACCAACUGCCUGCCACAGUGAAUGUGUAACAAGAUGAAAAAAACAGACCGCCAUCUUUGAUUUGUUUUCCACUGCCAGAACUGUUGUUUUCUUGUUUUGGGAUUUCUUUUUUUGGCAAAUGUCUUGAGUUUAGUUUUCAUGCAUAACUCUCACCGGGGUUCGUUACAGCGGUUCGCCAGGAAUGGCCUUAAUCACCAAAAAGCCAAGUGGAUUUUUUCGUGCACUUAGAGGCACAUGUGUGGGCAAAUCCAUCAGCAUGAGUAGACUGUGCAUGUAGGCCCGGCUUAAAAAUUAUUAAUGCUCUCUUUUGAGGCAGCGCUUCAUGCUUGGGAUCCCGUUUGUUCUGCAAUGACUCAAGUCCACUUCAGUGUUAAAGGGAAGGUACUCAGGUAUUUAAAGUCCUCUGUUGUUGCACACCAAUUUUUAUACUUUUAAAGUUGUGUUAUAGCAUAUUCAGCAUUUCUCUGAGGAUGUCGGUGUUUUAUAUGAAGCUGUUAGAAGUUUUUUUUUAUUAUUAUUUCAAAUGUUCAACAAAUUUUACUGUUCUGGAAAAAUCCUGGUUUUUAUUUCUCUCAUUUAUACAAAUGUCAAAGGGUUCAAAUGAAUGUCUCACAUGUAGAAUUUCUCAAAAAAAAUCCCAUCUCUGUCUCUCUCACUCACACACACACACACACCAUGAUGCCAAAGUAAGUUUCUUAUAGGAGGGCCGAUCUCUCUUUGGGUUCAGUGUUAGCUGGGGUAAAAAGGAUCUCUGUGGAAAUGGGACAAAAAUGGUAUCACAUGUUCUCACACAUUUUUGGAAGCAGGAAACCCCUUUUAAAAACACCGUUUACAGGAAAUGGUCUUCAACUCCACUGGAAUGUUAAUUAAAUGAGGAAUCUCAGAAAAACUUUUACAAAAACAUUUGAGCAGGUUAUGAAGGACAAGUCAGAGAUGAAGAACACACAGUAAAAUUUUGCAGAUGCUCCAGUGAUAUGCUGCUUUUUGUGUAAAUAUAUUCAAGUCACAAUGUUUACAAAGAUCAGAAAUACAUUCUAAUUGUGAGCUAAUAGUGUUCAUGUGUACGGAUUUGUCAUAAAGCUAUGUUUCUAUGUAUUUUUCUCGUGUGUUGGUUUACCGAAUGUUUGCAAUAUUUGAAGAUGAUGUACAUAGUAAAAGAAAACUGGUGAAUUUAUUUACAGGCGACAGAGGGCAUUGAAACAAGCAUUUAAACAAAAACUCCAGGAUAUUUUUAGACUCUGUAAUUGUCAUUUUCCAUAAUCAGCCUGCGGUUUUUGUGCAGGUGAAGGUACAUUUUAUCUCGCACCAAAGAGAAAAGGCAUGAUAUGAUGUCGGGGAUAGAAAAAAAAAAGUUAUUUGCAGCCUUUCUCUGUGUUUUUAUGUAUGAUCUUGUUUACAGUUACCAAAAAGUCUUAAAAGUUGCAGAGAAAUUGCCCUCCAGUAUUAAUUGCAGGAAAAUUUCAAGGUGAAAGUGUUGGGUUCCUUUUUGGAUGUUUACCUCGGUGUGAGCAGCAGUGAGGGCUGAGAAAACGGUUAAAUCUCAGCUUAGCAGUGGCCUGAUAGUGUUAAUAUUGAAGGCGGGUUUGUUGCUUAACUCCAUCUGAAAAGUUCAUGAAGUUGCUCUUUUGUUUGGAUUGAAGCUUGGAUUUUAAUCAGAUGCAGCUGGAUUAAGUUUAAUCACAUAUCAUACUGGCAAACGUAACCAAAACAUAACUUUUGUACCGUUUUCUUACAUUAUGAAAUACUGAGCAGCAUUGGAUGGCAGGCUGUUCUCUUAUUUAGAGCUAAUUCAUACUCCUAGUUCCCUGAUUCCAAGUUUUGCUCCAUCUGAUGUUUGUCUUUGCUGAAGUCAGAUUUGUUCAAUUAAACUAAGUGUGUUCUGAUUGUUAUAGCCUAUGAGUCCAUGCAGACACUCAUCUGAAACUCUAGAUGACACUCCAAGUCAGAGCUCUCUCAAUGUUUGAUGGGUUAGUCUGGAAAUUAUUCGUUUUCUUCUCCGUCAACAAAUCGGUGUUAGUUACGCAAAAGUUAACUAACUUGAAGUAUUGUCUGGCUAACCUGUAACUCUGUGCCACAGUGUAAGGAAAGUAGAAGUAGCCUGCACAUCCAAAACUUUAACUUUAACUGGACAGAAGCACAAACAUGAAAAACUAAAGUUAAGUCUGUACACAUCAUUAUUAUAUCUGAAAAUGUCACAUGUGAUACUUUUCAGUGAAUCAGCAUUGGAGCAGCUACUCGUGUGCAGAUGUCAUUUGCUAUUUUCAUGUCCCAAAACUGUUAAAAACACAUCAUGAAGGCACAUUUGAUGACACUCAUUAUUAUAUAAAUGUAGGCACUGUUUUGACGUCUUUCCUCUCCAGUCCUUUGGUCAUGCAGUUAAACAGCAAAAAUCAUGUGUAGAGAAUUUGAAAUAUUUAUCGUAUUCGCUUUAGUAACACAAUUACUGACUUUAGAGAUUUAGAUUUCUGAGAAGAGUUCAAAGAGAAUUCAAAUUGGGCUUAAUUUGAACAUUUCCUGGAAAAUUGAUCAUCACUGCUAAUCAAAGUUGAAUGAACUGCCUAAAAUGUUAAUUGCAUGUCCCAGCAGGACACAGUGAUGAAAGACUGAGGGAGACUUUUGUUAAAUGAUGAUGCAGUAAUUUUCUGUCACUUAAAAAGAAAUUAAAAAGGACUUUCAGACGGUCCCUUUUAUCUGGAAUUUAUCACAGAUUCUCGGGAAACUUCGGCUUGAAUUAUCCCUCCUUUUAACAGUUUAGAUGACAAAUGAAAGAAAUCUAAUCACAGAAAACUGAAGCGCUUGUCCUUCAGAUUCAACCCUGCUUUCCUCUCAUUGACAUGAAGAAGGUAAAUAAUCCAUGAACUGAGUGUAAAGACAUUUUCCAGUUAAAGGGGGCUGAUUUGAAAGCAUGAAAAUCUUAAACAAAAGAAAAUUUGAGCACUUUAAUAUGCUUUAAAACAGUAUUUUGUUCUGAUUGUAUCAUGUAAAUGAUUGUGUUUUGGAUUUAAGUGUACAGUGCGGCCAAUAACCAUAGAGCUAAUGUUGUAUUUCUUUGUUUUCAAAUACCUCUCAUGGAAGUAUCAAGUGUGUAACGUUGUCUUUUAUUUAUCUCAGUGGGGUCAACAUGUGUCUUCUUUGCUUCAGAUGCAGUAUGUAGGGGGGAGUGUUUGCUAUAAAACACACUUCGCCCUCUCGUAUAGUGAUGAAGGCACGCUGUAGAUAUCAGUGUAAAUUGUUUCUGGUCUUUCAUGGUCGUCAGUGAAUUGUGAACACACAAUAAACCUUGAGUUUUACUGUA